CGCGUCCUACGCUGCUGACAGAAGAAGGAAGCGUGCCUCUUGCAUUGUCUCCAUUCUGUGGGUGCAUUGCCUGGCUCCUCCAUCAUGGAGGCGGUUGACUGAGCUCAUGCCAGGGUCCAUGGGUAUAAAGGGGGCUGCCUGCAGGCUGCUGGCUAUGGAGAGUGUGCGAUGGGCUUUCCACUGUGGCUCCUGGGCUCCCACCCGUGCAGAAUGGCUGCUGUGUGCCCAGUGUGUGCAGCCAGAAGAGAAGCACCGCAUUGGGCAGUUCAUGUUUACCAGGGAUGCCAAGGCUGCCAUGGUACCCAGCUUCUUAGUGUUUAUUACCGCUCCAUAAUAAUCAUAAUUAGUUAUAUGGCACCAUUUCUAGGGUUAAAGGUGGCCAGCAGAUACACCUCCCCUCUUACAGUGAUGGGAGUUUGCAGCUGGGGGUGGUCUGCCUCUUAACCCCCCUCCCCAUAUCCAGAGAUGAAAAACACUGCAGUGGUGAUCUGCCUCCUAAUCCCCUGGGGAUGAAAGGCACCAUGCAGUGGUGGUGGUCUGCCUCCUAAUCCCCUGGGGAUGAAAGGCACUAUGCAGUGGUGGUGGUCUGCCUCCUAAUCCCCUGGGGAUGGGAGACACUAUGCAGUGGUGGUGGUCUGCCUCCUAACUACCCCUAGGGAUGGAAGACACUAUGCAGUGGUGGUGGCCUGUCUCCUAACUACCCCUAGGGAUGGAAGACACUAUGCAGUGGUGGUGGUCUGCUUCCUAACUACCCCUAGGGAUGAAAGGCACCAUGCAGUGGUGGGCUGCCUCCUAAUCCCCUGGGGAUGAAAGACAAUAUGCAGUGGUGGUGGUCUGCCUCCUAAUCCCCUGGGGAUGAAAGACUAUGCUUUGGUGGUGGUCUGCCUCCUAACUAACCCUAAACAUGAAAGACACUAUGCAGUAGUAGUCUGCCUCCUAAUUACCCCUAGGGAUGAAAGGCACUAUGCAGUGGUGGUGGUCUGCUUCCUAACUACCCCUAGGGAUGAAAGGCACUAUACAGUGGUGGUGGCCUGACUCCUAACUACUCCUAGGAAUGAAAUGCACUAUGCAGUGGUGGUGGUAUACUUCUUAAACCUCAUUAGGUAUGAAAGUCACUAUACAGUGGAGGUGAUCUGCCUCCUAAGCCCCCCUAGGGAUGAAAAAACACUAUGCAGUGUUGGUGGUUGACCUGCAGAUCACCAGCAUUGUAACUCUCUAUAUUAUAAUGCAAUGGGUUACUUGGUUAAAAAAAUUUUUACAUCAUAAUGUAAGCUCAUUUGAGCAGGGCCCUCAAGCACCUCUGCGUUCCAACUUGUCUGCUUACAAAAUCUUGCGUGUUAGUCCACCCAUUGUACAGCGCUGUAGAAUUUGUUGACGUUUUAUAAAUCGGAAUAAUAAUAAUUCACAGAACUACAGAUUGCAGAUCAGAUUGAAUUCUGAAUGGGAAAAUUUAGGCUAUAGUAACUGAUCUGAAAAAAACCUCCAACGUAGCUAUGGACACAGUUUGGAUUUAUUUAUUUUUAUCCUAAAUUUAACCAUUUGGUUUAAAUUUGCUUAACUUCACAUUUUAGUGAAUAGACCCCUAAUGUGUGAAUUAAGAAUUUUAGGCCAGAAUAACUAAGGCAAAACACAGCUGUUUGUUUAUUUAUUUUUUCUUCAAUUCAGCUAUUUUGUCGUAAAAUGUGCUUUGCAUCCCUACAAUUCACCCAAUAGUGAAUACACUGUGUAGUGACAAUGUGGCAUGCAGCCUGUUGAAAACCUAUUACUCCCAAAAUAUACAUUCAUUUAUAAUUUUGCCUCUCUUAAUAGCACAAUAAACUGUGAGGUUGCAUGGCACAGAAAGCUGCCUUUUAAUGGUUAUGUUUAGAUCUUCUUUUUUAUACUUUUGUAAUAUGCGUUUGCUGCUGAAAUAGUGUGAAUUUGUAUUUUGGGGAUCUCUGCAAAUAAUAAAACUAAGGUCGCAAUUGUGUAUUUUAAUAAAUAAGAGUUACAUAUACAGAAACACCCAACAAAAUAUUUAUAACAUAGUUUAUAACAGCAAGUUUUUGGAAAUAAAUAGCUGACAGCCAUAAUAUAAUGGAAAGCAGGUCUGGGUGCUACAAUUUAUUGUCCCUCCCCCCCUGUAAAUGCCAAUAAAUUAUAUUGGUGUGUAGUGCUGCUGUGGUAAGAGAGAAAACAUACCUCCACGGCACUUCAAGAGACACUCCAGGCACCAAGACCAGUUCUGCCCAUUGGAGUGGUCUGGGUGCCAACUCCCACUACCCUCAACCCUGCAAAUGUAACUAUUGCAGUUUUCAUAAACUGCAAUAAUUACCUUGCAGGGUUAACUCCUCCAAGUGGCUGUCUACUAGACAGCCACUAGAGGGCACUUCCUGCUUCAUAGCACUGUGCUAGAGCAUCGCUGGACGUCCUCACGCCGUGCGAGGACCUCCAGCGUCGCUCAAUACCCCAUAGGAAAGCAUUGAAAAGCAUUUUCAAUGCUUUCCUAUAGAGAGCUCUAAUGCGCAUGCAUGACAUUGCCGCGCAUGCACAUUAGGUCUCCUCAGCCGGCGGGCAGGAUCAGUCUCCCCCGCCGGCUGACGUAAUGAAGGGGAGGAGGUGGUCAUCGACGGGGGUCUCAGGUAAGUCACUGAAGGGGUUUUCGCCUCUUCAGAAACCGGGGAUGGGUGAUGGGAGGGAGAGGGGACCUGCAGUGCCAGGAAAACAGAUUGUUUGUUUUCCUGGCACUGGAGAGUCCCUUUCAGUACUUUGGAUGCCUUAAAUGGCCAUUAUACCUCUGGUGCACUCAUGCCACUUUAACCCCUUAAGGACCAAACUUCUGGAAUAAAAGGGAAUCAUGACAUGUCACACAUGUCAUGUGUCCUUAAGGGGUUAAUAUACUCCAAAGGCUCACUCUAAAGGAUGUUGGGAACCUAUUUGGGUAUUAAACCCAUGAAAUAUGCAGAAAAUUUUAUAAUCUGCUGCUCCAUACGAUGCCUGGCACUAUUCUCUGUUCGGAAACUCAAGCUUCCAGGUGCAAACAUGCAUCGUGUCGACCAUGACAAAACCAAAUAUAAUUGUAAAUUAUUUUUUUUAAACAACCAAGAUGUACCCUUCUUAGUCAAUGUAGUAAUAAAACGUUGGAGAAUAUGAGUAAGAAUGUGGAUGAUGCUUAGUUUUUAGUCGCUCUGCAGAUAAACCAUUCAAUUACAGUUUUUUCUGGUUUCACUUCGAACUGGUACUAUAAGAGUGAGAUUUCUCUUGAAUACAUUUGUUGGACUUGCGUUAGGAAGGGUUUGGAUGUCACAAAAGAUUCUUAAUGUGUGUACACCCUGUUGGGUUUGUGAGUUGUAUUUAUGAAAUAAAAUUAAUAGGCUAAGCCUACCAGUAAAUAUUUUAAAAAUGUAAAAAGAUACUAGCAAUGCCUCAUAAAUGUAUCAAAUAGUAUUUUGAGAUCUGCAGCAGAUUUGCAUGUUUCAGACUAAAUGAUCAAGUUGAUGACGGAGUUAAAGACAACAUUCCAUGAUUCCCCUGUUGACACUUUAAAAUUCCAACUUUAAUGAAUAAACCUUUAUCGAAUGUUAAUUGUUUAUAUAUUCAGUAUUCUGUUCAGAACCACUCACCAUUCCCCUUUGCUUUCAGGCUGGUCGUCUUUUAAUAAGAAAGUUAAUUGCUGAAAAGCUUCAGAUUCCUUGGAGUAAAAUAUUGCUGCAAAGGACAGCAAAAGGAAAACCAUUUCUUGUCAAUGAAAUCUCAAGCCAACAUCUGAACUUUAACUUCAAUGUUUCUCAUCAAGGAGACUAUGCUGUACUCGCAGCCGAACCUGAGCUACAUGUUGGAGUUGAUAUAAUGAAAACAGAUCUACCAGGUAUGCAACCUUGUCAUUAUAUGGAUACAAUUCAAGGAAGCCCCCCAUUUAAAACAAUAUAAAUAAUCUCCAUUGUAAUCCAAAUUAUUCAACCCCCAUUAAAAAACAGGAUUUGGUCAAAAUGUACAGACUUUAAGCUGUUUGCAAUUAACAAAAGCAUUUGAAAUCGCUAAACACAAUGAAUGCUUCAAGUGGUUUCCCCAAAUUCAACUGAAAUGACUUCUCCGUUCUCUAAAUUAUUCAACCCCAGGGCUGGCACGUCCAUUGGACGGACUGGGGCAAUGGCCCCAAGCGGCGCUGUAACAUAUACAUGCAAAGAGGCAGCUCUCCAGCCGCCUAAAUCGCCUUGGGGCAGACUGAUCCGUCUGGUCCUCGGGGAGAACCUGACACCUGGUCGGGGGGGUUGGCGGCGCCGACAUGCCCUGUGUGCCGCAGUCUGCCCUGCAGGAGAGAGACACACUGUAACUGUCACCUUCACAUUCUGUCACCCCCAGAUGCUGCUUCCCCCACUGUCACUCGCACAGCCUGUCACCCCCACACUGUAACUGUCGGCCCUGCCACCAACUGUCAAACCCACACUGUAACUGUCACCCUCACACCCUGCCCCCACUAUAUAGACAAACACACACAAUGUAUUCAAUACACACAACAUCCAUGGCACACAGACACUGCAUCCACUACACACACACACAGACAUUGCCUGCACUACACACACUGCAUAACAUAAUGGAUGUUGGCAUGCUUUUGGUGGAGGGUGCAUUACGUGCUGUGUGGAGCAUUGCCAUAGCAACCCACGCGUGGAGAAGGCAUGAAGGUGAGUUUAGACUUCUGGGCCACCUCUCCACACUACACAGCAUAAUUUGUCACUGCACGACCAGGGAAACUAGUGUUCCUCCUCCCUGGCCACACCUAUUUAUACAUUUAAAAAAAAAAAACAACAAAAAACUGAUCAGCCCUCUACACACACCACAUGCGCUACAUAAACACUACAUCCACUACACACACCAAACAUACUCUGCAUCCACUACACUUUACCCAAUAUGCAGGCACUACACACACUCUACAUCCACUGCACCCACUACAUAGCAUCCACUACACAGACACUGCACCCAUUACACAUAUACUACAUCCACUACACAAAUACAGACACUGCAUCCUGUACACACUUUGCAUCCACUAUAUACAUGCUUACACUGCAUUCACUACACACACUGCAUAAAAUAAUGGAUGUGCAUGAGGUUUGGGGGGAUGGCCGGGGGCAGCAUUUCAUCCUUCGACACAGGCAGCACAAUGUCUUUGACCGGCCCUGUUCAACCCCCUAACAGAAUCAUUCACAACAGCACAAAGAUGCAAGCACACCUGAUGCAACUAAUCAAAGGCUUAAUUAGUUGCACCAGGUGUGCUUGAGCUAGAACACUUGAAACUGGCCUGGGGUUUGUUGAGUGUCACAUUUGACUGUAUGUUAGAAAUAUGGCUAAGUCAAAAGAAUCGUCCAUAAAGUUAAGAGAAGAGAUCAUCGCUCUUCACAAACAAGGAACACGAUUCAAAAAUAUAGCAAAUGUACUGAAUGUUCCUGAAGACAACAUUGGAAGCAUAGUUUGUUUGUUCAGAGUUGAAGGAACAGGGGUUACACUACCUGGAGGAAGCUAUCAAUGGCUGCAACCAGAUUUCUGAGAAGGCCGGUAGUGAAAUAUCCUCAAGUGACUGCAAAAGACCUGCAACAAGACGUGGUGGCAACAUGCACUGAGGUUUCGGUGAGCACAGUAAGAAACAUACUAAAUGCAGAAGAUUUCCAUACCAGGACUUCAAGACAUACACCACAACUGACCCAGAAGCACAAAAAAAAAGUCAACUCCAAUAUGCUCAAAAUCAUAUAAAAAAAAAGCCACAAAUGGUUUGUGAUUCUGAGGAGUUGUGAAACAAAACUGGAACUUUUUGGCCCAAUAGAUCAGCGGUAUGUCUGGAGGGAGAAGAAUGAAGCAUAUGAUGAAAAAAAACACUGCCUACAGUUAAGCAUGGUGGUUGCUCGUUGAUGCUCUGGGGCUGCUUUGCAUACACUGUCACUGGAAACCUUUAGUGUGUGUAAGGCAAGAUAGAUUGAAGUAUCAGGAAAUCCUUGGAGAAACCUAGAAUGUGACGACAGAUCAGAACCUUUCAGCCCAUCUAGUCUGCCCAAUUUUCUAAAUACUUUAGUCCCUGGCCUUAUCUUAUAUCUAGGAUAGACUUAUCCAUAUCUCACACAUGCUUAAACGCCUUCACUGUGUUAACCUCUACCACUUCAGCUGGAAGGCUAUUCCAUGCAUCCACUACACUCUCAGUAAAGUAAUACUUCCUGAUAUUAUUUUUAAACCUUUGUCCUCUUAUUGUGGUAGUUUUUCUUCUUUUAAAUAUAGUCUCCUCCUUUACUGUGUUGAUUCCCUUUAUGUAUUUAAAUGUUUCUAUCAUAUCCCCCCGUCUCGUCUUUCCUCCAAGCUAUACAUGUUAAAACAUUAUGCGGUCUGAGAGGAAGCUUAAGCUUAGGUGUCAUUGGACCUUUUAACAUGUCAAUGAUCCCAAGCAUUCCUCAAAUUCCACCAAAGCUUUGUUGGAAAAUUCUACACUGGCCAUCACAGUCAUCUGACUUGAAAUCUAUAGAAAAUCUCUGGUGGUAUUUGAAGAAGGCAGUUGCAGCAGGCAAACCCAAAAAUAUUACUGAAUGGGCUAAGAUUCCUCAGGAACCCAUAAGCUGGUAUCUGGCUAUGCAUUUAGUUUGGAGCAGGUGAUAAUAGUAAAAAAGGUUCUCUACUAAUAAUUUUGAGACUGGAGAAGUCAUUAGAAGUUGCAUUUUCAAUUGAAUUUGGGGAAAGCACUUGAAGCAUUUGCUGUGUUGAGCAAUUUCAAUAGCUUUUGUUUGAUUUGUUCCUUGCAAACAGCUGAAAGUCUGUAAAUUUUGACAAUAAACCUAAGUUUAAAUGGGGGUUGAAUUUACCAUUUUUUAAUAUAUACCAUUUUUGUGUCAUCCUGAAGAUGAGAAUUAAGUCAGAGAUCUAUAAAGUAGAAAUAUUAGCAUGGUUAUUUGAUCUCAUUAAAUAACCUGUAGCACACGUUUUAAUAAACUCCUGGCUGGCUAACCAAUUUAAUUAAAUACCACACUUAAAAAUGAAAAGUGAUUAUGAAAUGUAAAAUGUGUAUUCAUAGCUUUACUGAAGUUUGCGCAAAACAAAUAUCUCUGGAAAUCUGAAUCACACCCUCCACUAAAAACAAUCACACAUUUAUUGAGAAACUGCAUGAUGUCUCUCAUCACAUAUAACAUUAUUAUUAUAACAGUGCUUACAAAAAAAAACAAAAUUAUUACUCCUUAUACUUGGCAGCUAUUUUCGGCACUCCAGAUCUCUUUGUUUCCUCCAAUGUUUUAUUACCUACAAUGUCCCAGCUUUUGUUUAAAUUUGAUACACUAUAGUUGGCUCAGGUCCAAGUAAUAUUGUAUGCUGUAUUUCAAAUCCACUCUUUAUUAUCUAAUGUAUGUUCUAUUAUGGACACUGUGUAUAUAUAAUGUUACCAUUAAAGAAGCUUAAUGAAGCAGUUUUAGUGUAUAGAUAAUGCCUCUCAGGUUUUCACUGCUCAAUUCACUGCCACUUAGGAGUUAAAUCACUUUGUUUCUGUUUAUGCAGCCCUUGCCACACCUCCCCUGGCUAUGAUUUGACCCAGCCUGCAUUAAAAAAAAUAAAACAACAAAAAACUGGUUUCACUUUCAAUCCAAUGUAAUUUACCUUAACCCCUUAAGGACACAUGACAUGUGUGACAUGUCAUGAUUCCCUUUUAUUCCAGAAGUUUGGUCCUUAAGGGGUUAAAGGGACACUAUAGUCACCCAGACCACUUCAGCUCAAUGAAGUGGUCUGGGUGCUAGGUUCCUCAGGUUUUAACCCUUCAGAUGCAAACAUAGCAUUUUUUAGAGAAACUGCUAUGUUUACAUUUGGGGUUAAUCCAGCCUCUAGUGGCUGUCUUAUGGACAGCCACUAGAGGCGCAUCUGCAACGCUGCAGGCACAUUUCGCCUCCAUCGCGCAGAGCGUCCAUAGGAAAGCAUUGAAUGCACAUUCGGCUCCGCUGACGUAGGACGGGGGAGCUGACGUUGGCGGGGGAGGAGAGGUCACCAGCGCCGAGGGAGCCCGGCACUGAAAAAGGUAAGUGGCUGAAGGGGUUUGAACCACUUCAGCGCCAUAAGAGGGGGACCCUGUAAAUUGAACUUUAAUCACGUACAGGAGGCUCUUGUAGGGUCUAGCAAGCUAUUAACAUUGCAGAGAAUAAGAAAAUCUAAAUUAGACAGAACUUGCAAUAAAGAAAGGAUAAACUAGAUGACUACAGGAAGUGUUUAGGAAGGUUGUGCAAGUAACAUGCAGAGAGUUGUAACUAGGGUUCAUAAACAAAGUGAUUUGACUCCUAAAUGGCAGAGAAUUGAGCAGUGAGGCUGCAGGGGCAUGUUCUAUACACCAAAACUGCUUCAUUAAGCUAAAGUUGUUUUGGUGACUAUAGUGUCCAUUUAACACCAUCUUUUCAGAGAAAAAGCAGUGUUUACGGACUUGUGAUACCUCCACUGGCCACUCCUCAUAUGGCUGCUAGAGGCGCUUCCUGGAACAGUGCUGCACAUUGUGACUGACAUUCAGUAUCUCCACCCUCUGCAUGGAGUCAAUGAACUUUCCUCACAGAUGCAUUGAUUCAAUUCAUCUCUAUGAGGAGAUGCUUAUUGGCCAGGGCAAUGUUUUGCUUGCGCUGGCUCUGCCCCUGAUCUGUUUCCUUGACAGUCUCAGCCAAUUUAAUGCUUUCCUAUGGGAAAGCAUUGAGAUUGGCUUUUGAUCAACCCUUCUGAUGAUGUCAGCCAAGCUGGAAGAUCAGGGGCAGUGACAACAGCAGAUUGGAAUAAAGGUAAUAUUGUACUUAAUUUAGGGGGGACAAGAUCCAGGGGAGCUAGAUGGUGUUUUUAUCACUACUUGGUCAGGAAUACAGGUUUGUAAUCCUGGCCCUAUAGUGUUCCUUUUAAGCAGUCUGAAAUUCAAAUGUAGCCACUUGUAAAAAUAACUCAAAAGUUAACCUUUCUCUGCAUUAAACCUGCUAUAGGAACAGUUGGUGCUUUUAUUUAAUUAAUCAGAGAUAGAACUGGGGACGGCCAGGGCAGAUAAUGUUGGAUUCUAAGUCAGGCCAGUGCUUUAAACAUCAUGGAACAUGCAUUUGACUUUGAGCUACGUGGGCAGCAUAGUAUAUUGAAUAUGAAGAAAACCUACACCCCUUUGCACCUUUGUCUGUAAAUAAUAGUUCUUUUGACUCUCUCUCUUGUUUUGGCAUAUACAUUUCUUUACUGCUAGCAGUAAUAUUUGGAAGUAUUUAAAUGUUAUAAAGUGGACAGUGCAUGGAAAAGAUAGAGGUGGUAGUAAAUUAAUUUUAAUGCUGUGCUUUCUACUGAUACAUGAACUAUAAUUAAUUCUAUGGGAAGGACCACAUUCGGUUUCUAUAAUAAGUUUGUAUUUGGCAUCAAACAUACUCUUUGGGUCUAAAGUGAGCUGAAUCCCCAAUUAUUUUCAUUUAUAUCAGACAAUUUGAAACACUAUCAUUUAGAGGCAUCUGGAUGGACAGCACCUUGUUUUAUUGAAGAUUACCGUAUAUACAGAUACCUGUAAAACUCUUUAAUAAUCUUACUAAAAGGGAAUAGAAUCAAUUGGGUCCAUAAGAAAGUGAAAAAAAGCUUAUAGCUUAGCGUGAUAAUUAAUAUUUCUUUGUUCUAUAAGCCUCUGUCUCUCAGGAGGCAUUUUUAUGUUCUUUUUUGUGAUACGGAAUGUUAUUUUUCAUUCUGUUUCUCUAGAAGAAUUCCUUAUCAGAAUUUCCCCUAUUUUGUUAUAUUUACUUAUUCCUUUGUUGUGCGAUAGGCAGGCUGUAUUUACUUGAAGCCGGGAGCUUGACGGAUUGCUGUGAACAGCCCAGUAUGGCUGCUAUCAGUUUGAGCAGUUCCACUCCUCCUGUGGAAUGAAUAGAAUUGUAACUGGGAGAUACUAGGGUUUGAUGAGAUAAAGUUGCACCUCAUGAACCAGAAUGAGAGGCUCCUGAUUGGAUGAGUCUCUUUCUGUUAAGAGAGAAGUCUAUCUGUUGCAGUCCUUGAUGUGCCAGUGCAGCAACUUAAGAAGCUGCAAAAUGCGUAGUGUUCACAUCACCCUGAGCCCGCUCUCUAAGAGUGACUUAUAGCGGCCUAUAUUUGUAAACAUUGUUACCUCUAUAGCACAACCUACCAGGGCUGUCAAUCAUACAUUCGGAACACUAUGGGUCUAUUUUUACCGAAACAAUCCGUUGUAACUAAAAAGUCUUGAAUUGCAGUCUUAAUGUACUGCUAGAUCGUUCCUGCUCAAAUAUUCAUUAAUUGAAGAGAUUACAGAAAAAUUGCUUCAUUUUGUCUGCUACAGAAAGCACAUUUGGAAUUCUUUCAAAUUAUAUAAGAAUAUACAUGUAUAUUAAAUCAUUGCUGUGUGAUUCAAGGCUGAACUUCCAAUUUGCCAUUCAUUGUAAUGUACCAUUUAGUAUGGAUAAGUGGUGCGGUUAGCAGUCAGCAGACUUGACAUUUUGUUGGAGCUUUAAUAAGUUUCUGCAGACGAGUUAUUGAUUGGGCUUGUCAGUGUCUUAUUCAGAGUGUCGGCCUGCUGUUUAGUCAAGCAGCGAAGAAAGUGUCCUUAACAUCAUUUAAUCCAAUUCUAAAUAGGUUUUCAUGGUGUCAUGUGCAUGCUUUGCACCAAUGGCUGCCAAUACUAGGCAAUCUGCACUUAGCUACAUAUAGAUAUGCUGAAGGAAUGUUGUUCUUCGUGCUUCUCAUCAUUCUCUAUUGAUGAAGAACAGACUCGGCACCCUGUGGAGUUACUUCUACAUUCUCCAUUGAAUCUUUUGACACAGCUCAGAGCUUUCUUAAAACAGAUACAUAGCAUGGCAUAUGAUUGCCACUAUUGAAGUAAACUUUUCACAGUUUUAAACCAUUUUACCUAAACAGUUUUUACUUUUUAAACAUUUUACUUUUUCUUAAUUGUUUUAAAUUUUUUUUUUUAAUUGUUGAAUAUGAUCUGUAAUGUAAGCUAAGGAUAUUGUAAAGACAUGACCAUCUUAAAUGGGAGUGUUGUGUCAGACUUAAUUGUGGGGUUCAUGGUGCUCAGACUCUGCCUUCUCCAUGGCUACAUCUCACUCCAAGAGUACAACACUGAUGCAUCUCACGACUGAGCUAGAGGAAGAUGGAGGUGCAUGGGGGUAAAUGGUUCAGGAAAGUGUUUACGUCUGCUCCCCCUCCUUCGAUUUACACUGUGUAAGCAGAAGUGUCACCGUGGGUUGAGUUUGUGUGGGUAUUUGCAAACAAAGCAAAGGAUCUAAAAGUGAUAGGUUCACUUUUAACUUAAAGGGACACUGUAGUCACCAGAACAACUACAGCUUAUUGUAUUUGUUCUGGUGAGUAUAAUUAUUCCCUUCAGGCUUUUUGCCGUAAAUACUGUCUUAUCAGUGAAAAGGUUGGUUAGUGUUUUUAACACUCUAGGCUACGUUAUCUAUCUAAUUAUAAAUGGAUUAAAGAGAACAAGUACUUCUACAUGUUGGAUUUUAAUUCUGUAAUUUAUUUAUAAAAUAUUUUACCAGGAAAGAUACAUUGAGAUUUCUCUCGUUUUCAAGUAUGUCCUGGGUCCACAAAUCAUUGCAUUGUUACAUUAGGGUACAGUAAAAUACAAAACCAAUAUUAAUACACAAUAUAUAAAAAAAUUUCACAUAGAACAGGUAGGAAAUAUAUAAUCAACCAUGACAGGUGCAUUCUGUUUUGAGGUAUGCAGAGAGGGAUCUCUUAAAGGACUUUAGGCUUUACAAUCAUUAUUGUACUAAAAAAUAUUACCUGCUCUGGUGUCAGAAUAUUUGCUUUGUAUUGUAAUACUUAGCAGCUACAAUAAUAUUCAGUGUGUAUUGGAGGUGUUACAGAGAUCCACUGCACUAAAAAUCAAACUUCUAUGCAGUGUGUAUGUGAAUAUAAAAUAUAUAAAGAGAGGGUGCUGUAGCAUAAUGCACAUUUCAUUAUACAGACAUAUCACUACACUAGAAAUAAAACAUCAUAUUUAUUCAAGUUAUUUUCUGAAAGCACACUUGUACAUCACAUAGAAAGCAGUUUGUAUAGGAACACUAAUGACAGCACAUUUAAUUCCCUGCCAAUUUCAACAUUGUACUCAAAGUAUUCCAUGCAAAUAUAAAGGCUCCUUUAAAGAUUGAUACAUUUGAUUCUCGGGCCAGUCUCAACAUGAUAUUCAAAGUGCUUUUGUGCAAAAAUAAAUAUCAUGCAGAAUCCCUUGAUAUCUUUUGUGUAGCUCAAAUACAUAUUUGUCAGUUUGGUUGAAUGCGACAUUUAACCAAGUAAGUUCCAAUAAAUUGCUUUGUGCCAAUAUAAACAAUCUGUUUUCCUUUACUCCAUGGAACUCCACUGGUUCGAGACUACGCAAAAGAACGCUCUCUCAUGUUUAAAGCGCAUUGACGAAGUCAACGAUAAUCCAAAUAACGAUAACAUAUUAAUAACCCAGCCACUUCUGUGGUACUUGUGUUCCCCCGGCCAGGUGACUGAAUAAAUAAAAUGCACUAUAAAGUCAACAGGAAUCCAUACGUGACCAUGAAUAAUUAAUAGCGGGUCUUAACCAAAUCCCAGAUACUAAGUUUAGCCCUCAACGCUUGUGUUACUUUUAGUGUUCACUGUAGGCACUUCUACCACCAACAUGAUUAUAAAAAGUAGUUCACUCUGUCACCUCCAUGUCCACAGCACCCAAUCCACCAAAAUGCUUUAUAGUUAAUGUAAUUAUGUAAUCCCUCUCUUCUCUCCUCCUUCAGACACUGCUUUCUCUUACAGACAAAGAGGUGGGAAAAACACCCAAAUAAGCGUACAAAUUUUUUCCCACCUCUUUAUCUGUAUUUACUAUUUUGGUGUUAGUGAGGUACACGUGGGAUCACUCCUAUCUAACGUACUAUCAAUUUAUUACAUAUAUAUUUUGAGUGCAGAGUGAACUACUUUUUUAUAAUCGUGUUGGUGGUAGAAGUGCCUACAGUGAACACUAAGCGUUGAGUGCUAAACUUCUUUUAAUUAAGAAUGGAGAUGCGGUGUUUCCUAAACUUUUAUUUAAAGAUCAGAUCAUAGCCAGAUUCCAAAACAUAUACCAGUCUGUUCCUUUUGUUAUUAUUAUUAUUGCCAUUUAUAUAGCACCAACAAAUUCCGUAGCGCUUUACAAUAUUAUGAGAAGGGGGGGGGAUUUAACUAUAAAUAGGACAAUUACAAAAAACUUACAGGAACGAUGGGUUGGAGAGGACCCUGCUCAAACGAGCUUACAUUCUAUAGGGAAGUAUAGUGUAGGGAAUACAAGAGAAACAAAAAGUUUUCAUCAAGACACACAUGUUUUUUCUAACCGAAUGAAAGUGAAAACUUUUUUUUUUUUUUUGUUCCUGCAGGCUGUCCGUCACAGCCAGGGGAGGUGUUGCUAGCGCUGCAUGAACAGAAACAAAAAUGAUUUAACUCUUAAAUGGCAGAGAAUUGAGUAGUGAGACUGCAGGGGCAUGAUCAGUACACAAAGACUGCCUCAUUAAGCUAAAGUCUUGGUGACUAUAGUGUCCCUUUAAGCCAACCAAUCAGAGCGCAAGACUUUCCCCUCCGUGGGAGCUUAAUCUUACUCCUUGCGGGGUGGUGAUGGAUUCUUUUUGGUCUGGUUGCUUGCCAUUAAGUAUGCAUGCCCCUAAUCGCAACACGACAGGGGCGGGAGGGAGAGUUUAAAUUCCCUUACUAAUACUAUGUACUUUUUAUUUAGUAUUAAUAAAGUUGUCUGCAAGACCAAAAUUAAGAAAAGGAAGGGGUGUUCAGAAUUUCGAUCUUUCAGCUUCUUAGUAGAUGGCGCUCUAAUCCUUGUGGGAUUGCCAUAAGGAUACCAAAAAGGAGCUAUCUGUCAAACAGCUACCUAAUUUGGUGCCCUUAAAUAUAUACAAAGAUACCAAUUUAGGGAUUUAUCUGCUAAACGGCUGCAAUAUGCAGUUAUGGUGUAGAUCGGAAUUUCAUCUGUUUGUAUGAAAUUCCAAUAUAAGCAUAAUGACCAAAUUUCGUCUGAAAACAGGCAGACAAAAUUUGUUUCAGAUGAAACAAAAUGUUUUUUUCCGUCUGAAUAGAUUUGGCCGAAACAAAAAUUUUGGUGGCGCCCAGGGCUAACUGUUUAAGACCCCGUCACGCUGCCAUGAAUGAGGAUCUGGUGCCACAAAGAUUAGAAAUAUUAUGGGUAAAGAGAAGUUCUUUAUGAGCAAAGAAACAUGGAAAAGGGAAAGUAAAAUAAGUAAAGUAAGGGUGGUAAACAUCAUUUUGAGAAAGCACCAGGAGGGAUGCGAAAUGUGUCCAGGGCUUUACCUAUCUUUUUUUCUGUCUAGUCUUCUUGGGUGGUCUCUCCCCUGUCCCGUAUUUGCGGGUAGUCCAGUUAUCUGGUAUUUAUAUAUAUAUUUUUUAGAUUUUUCGUUUUUGGGAUACUGUGUUGCUUUAUUUACACAAUGCUAUUUUUUUAUGCUUGCAGUACCAUUGCAUAUAUGAGGACUGCUGUUUUUUUUUAUAAAUGUGUUUCACAAUAUCUUUAUCCUUGUGGAUUGUUUUAAAUUAUCCAACUGUGUGGACCAUUGUGCAAACAAUGUGAAGUAUUGGGAUAAUGUACUCAAAAUCUACCCAAAUAAAUAUGAUCUCUUCUUCUGAGGGCAAACUUAGAGCUGGAACUCUGGAACUACGUUUUACAUUGCAGCACGAAGUGCAAAAGAGUCACAGUACCCAGACUUCUUCAAUGAGCUGAAGUGGUCUGGGUGUCUACAGUGUCCCUUUAAGAUGGCUGAAAUUCUUACGCUAUCCCAUUUUAAACAUAUAAAUGUCAUCUCCCUCCUCACCAAAACUAGAAAUAUCCAAUUGUGCAUGUAUCCAUUUUUAUUCUAUGUGACAUAAGUGUAAUUCUGUAAAAACGAAAUGAAAUAAAAAUGCACUUUGAAUAAUGGUUGUAAUCUAGAAUUAGUAUUAAUCCUAAUCAUAGUGUAGGCAUUGAAAAUUGCCGUGUUUUAGUUUUCAUUUACAUUAUUUAACUUCCUAUUAAUCUAGCAAGAACAUCAGAAGCUUUAUCUUUUUAGCAGACAUUGUAAUAACCGCUAAUAAAAAAAGAUCAUGCUGAGUUCACUGAAGAUUGAUCUUUUUGCACACUAAAGUUGAAUGGACCUUGCUGCUUCCAUCACUAAAAUGGUGCAACUAAGAAUAAACUGCAGCAAUUCAUCACAAUGACAUGUUUUAUUUUGGGAAUAAGUUUCUUAUAUCCUCUUUUAUCCUUGGUAUUGCCUUUUUCUCUGAAACUGAGAUCUGAAAUUCUAAUAAUACUAGCACGACUUUCUAGAAUGUAUAGUCUACAUUUAUUUAUGUUCAAUACACAGCAAAAAUAGAUUGAUUGUAAGAACCGUUUUGUAAGUGUGGAGAAAUCCGUAGGAACAUUUAAUUGGUUUCUUAAGGCUGCCCAUUUGUAAUUUUGACCCCAAAUGGUUUUCUGUACACACCAUGACCACGACAGCAGGCUGUGAUACUUUCCUUUUAAAUCCCUGUAGUUUCUAUACUUUAUAUAACUGCAUGGCAACACUACAGGCUGGCCACGAGAUUUAGACAGGGGAGCUGCAUUGUCCAUGCAACCGGAACACUGCAUUGUCCAUGCAACCGGAACACCAGGGAAUGCCAUAUUCCCCCUCCUUGGUCAGGUAACAAGCAGGGAGGGGUGACUAAAAAAAUAAAAAGAUUUAAAUAUUGAAAAAAAAAUUAAAAUAAAAAAUGCUCCCCCCCAUUUUACACAAAUUUUUACAUACCUACAGAAACACACACACACACACACUCUGCAUUAUAUACACACACUACACACACACAAUCUGCAUUCAUUAUAUACACAAUCUGCAUUCAUUAUAUACACACUCUGCAUUCAUUAUAUACACACUCUGCAUUCACUUUACACACACUACACAAACACACUCUGCAUUCACUAUAUAUACACACUACACAAACAUUCACUAUACACACUACACAAAUACACACUGCAUCCACUACACAAACACACACAGCUCCCCUGUCUAAACACACUGCAUCCACUACAUGUGGCAUGUAUAUUUUGUGCAUUUACCUUUUAGAAAUAGUUUAUUUUUUCAAAAUGGUAAAUGUACAGAAUCUCGGUAAGUUAUCGGCUAUUGGCCUGAAAGUUCACAGAUUAUCGGUAUUUGUAUCGGCUCUAAAAAGUCAUUAUUGGUUGAUCCCUAGUAAAUCUAUGGUUCUGUUGUGGCUUAUAGGAGCCAAAUUGGACCAGAUUGAUCCUACUAACAGUAACGUUGGGCCGGACCUGGGUAGACAGAAACUGACUGCAACCUGUAAUGCGGUAUUAGGUUAGAAAAGCAGGAGGUAACAACUAGAAAACAUAACACAAAAAACAAUAAAACAUAAUGCUUGGCUCUUAAGGCAGUUCAGGUUGCUGCUCCAGGCUUCUCUCUUCCUCCAGGCCUGAAGGGCUCCGCUUGUGCUGUGUCCCAGCCAUGGGUAGUGAGGUAGGGGUUCAACAUGGAUGCAUUAAGAGUUAUAACCAGUGUUUGGAGGAAGGUAGUGUUGUCUGUUAGGGAGGUAAGUUUCAACACUCUACCAUCAGCAUUUGUAGGCGUAAAGUAAGUCCAGUGGCAUCUCGCAAUUGUCCAGUGACUAUGCCAAGGGACCUCAGCAGUGUAUUCCUAGUAAGGGCUUGAAAGAAUGUCAGCUUAGAUGCCUCAAAUUCUUUUUUUUUUUCUUGAACUGCUGCCAGGAUUCGGUUCUUUUCCGACAGAAUGACAUCAUCGUACUAUAAUGUCCCAGGUGGCCUCGGUCAGGGCCCGUCUUGACUUGUUAAUUCUGUAGCAGCCGUUGAAUAAGAACUUUUUUGCUUGAGAGUGAGGCUUGUUUCUGUCAAGCACGGCAAGUACUGUGGCAAUUUGGCCAAGCCAACAGAGUCUGGGACACCUCAGAUUUUAAUUUAGCUGCGUCUGUUGCGAUCUUCUGUAAUAUCUACUUUCUGCAUCAGGGAGGUAUGAGAGUGUUGCAGGUUUUGCAUUUGCUCUCUCAGUCCAUGUACCUCUUGCUUGAGGUCCAUAACCAACUCCUCUGUGACUCGUGUGCGCACUAUCACCAUCUGUACCUCAGUUCUGACUAUGUCCAGAUCUGCCGCUGGUUAGCUAUGUCUUGUUUUGUGGCAGAGACUAGUGGUUCCUGUUCCGCAAUUUCCUCAUAGAGUGUUGUGGGGGACAUUGUAUUACCAGGGUCUGUGGGAUCUGCAAGGGAGUGUGCCCUGCUUGCACCGCUCUCUGACUGGGCCGACCCAUUAUCGUGGGAGUCUUUGCUGGAACCAGCCUGUGGCUUCUGGGAUCUGCAUCUCAUGUUGUAUGUAUGCAGAGCUCACCCUUUGCUAUUGAAGCUGUGAGUUGGGAAUUCCUCCGAUGGCAAUACAUACAUAGUUACAUAGUUGAAAAGAGACUUUUGUCCAUCAAGUUCAGCCUUUCUCACAUAUUUUUGCUGUUGAUCCAAAAGAAGGCAAAAACCCAGUCUGAAGCGUUUCCAAUUUUGCAACAACUAAGAACAAAUUCCUUCUUAACCCCAAAAUGGCAGUCUGGUAUCUCCUUGUAUCAAGCAGCUAUUACCCCACUCAUUAGAAAUUAUAUCUCAUAUAUUUUUUUUUUGCAAGUAUUUAUCCAAUUGCUGUUUAAACAUCUGUAUGGACUCUGAUAAAACCACCUCUUCAGGCAGAGAAUUCCACAUUCUUACAGUUCUUACUGUAAAAAAACCUUUUCUUUGCCUUAGACUAAAUCUCCUUCUUUAAGCCUAAAUGCGUGACUUUGUGUCCUAUGUAUAUCCCGGCUUAUGACUAGAUUUCCAAAUAAUGGUUUGUACUGGCCCCGAAUAUAUUUGUGUAAUGUUAUCAUAUCAUCCUCUGAGGUGCCGUUUUUCCAAAAAAAGAGAUUUGAUUUUUUUUAACCUUUCUUUGUAACUAAAAUGUUCCAUUCCUUUUAUCAAUUUUGCAGCUUGUCUCUGCACUUUUUCUAGUGCCAUAAUAUCCUUCUUUUGAACAGGUGCCCAAAAUUGCAGAGCAUAUUCAAGGUGUGGUCUUGCCAGUGAUUUACAAAGAGUCAAAAUUCUAUUUUCAUCCAGAGAAUUUAUGCCCCUAUUUUUACAUGACAAAACCUUACUAGCCUUAGCAACUACCGAUUGAUAUUGCUGUCUAAUUUGUUGUCUAUAACAAUUCCCAAACCCUUUUAGGUUAUAAGUUGCUUCUGCAUUCUUUGCCCCGAAGUGCAUAACUUUGCAUUUCUCUACAUUCAAUUUCAUAUGCCAUUUGAGUGCCGAGUCCCCCAUCCUAUCUAAAUCCCUCUGCUGCAAAGCAAUAUCCUGCUCACAUUUUAUUACUUUACAAAGUUUUGUGUCAUCUGCAAACACUAAACAUGGCUUUCAAUGCCUAUUCCAAGAUCAUUUAUAAAUAUGUGAAAUAGAAGCUGUCCCAAAACAGAACCCUGAGGGACACCACUUACCACUUUUGUCCAGCUUAAAAAUUUACCAUUAAUGACAACUCGUUGUACUCUAUCCUUAAGCCAAUGUUCUAUCCAAGGACAAGAAUAUUCCUCUAAAACCAAUUUCUUUAAGUUUGAACACUAGCCUAUUGUGCGGAACUGUAUCAAAUGCCUUGGCAAAAACCAAGUAGAUCACAUCCACUGCAACAUCCUGAUCUUUACUUCUACUUACUUCUUCGAAGAAGGCAAUUAGGUUAGUUUGACAUUUCGUUUCUUAAAACCAUACUGAUUAUUGCUGAUAAAGUUCUUCCCAAUGAAUUCCUGUAUAUUAUCCCUUAAUAGCCCUUCAAAUACUUUCCUAGCCACUGAAGUUACGCUUACAGGUCUAUAAUUUCCAGGCAAGGGUUUUUAACCCCUUUUAAAUAUAGGAACGACAUCUGCCUUCCUCCAAUCCGCCGGUACAAGUAUAGAAUCUUGAAAGAUUAAAUACAGAGGUUUACUUAUUUCCACACUUACCUUCUUGUGAUGCCACAGUUUUGGUGGAUGACGUACCAAGUGUACAAGAUGUGUGGCAGAUGGCUUCCAUUCUGCUCAGGCGCUAAGCUCUGCCCCCCGAGGUAGGUAUUUUCAAUUAAUCUUACUGCUCUUUGUAAGCUUUAGGACAUGAGUUUACCAUCUAAAUGGAGAUUGGAAUUAUAACUGCUACAAGAGUUGAACUCUGUUUAUUAAGUCCUAACCUUGGAGAAAGGACAUUGUGGAUUUAUGCAGUUUUCUUAUCCCCAAGUUUAUUCAUGAUAUUUUAUACAUAUUUAUCUGUGAAUAUUAUAAAUGAAAGCAUCUAAAACAAUAUCAAUCCCUUAUCUCUUAUCUCCAAACAUGGGAGGUAUAUGGAAUCUGGAACAAGUGCAGCCACAGGGGUGGAAACAAGAGUCAGGUCUCAGAUAUACAAUACAGUACAGUGUGAUUCUAGGCGCUUAGAUUGUGGUUUAAUAUUUAAUAGGUCUUAAUAGAGAACACUUUGUGGGUACUCCAAAUAACCCACCAAAUACAGAAAAGUAGAGUAAACACAGCACUCACUGUUUGUGAUACUCCCCCAAAACAUAAAGUGCAGCACUAAAAGCUAUAGGACCCCAAAUAUAUGGGGUGAUGAAAUGGUACAUAGAGUAAAAGAAAGUAAAGUACAUAUAGUGUAAUAUUGUAACGGAAAUAUAAGUAUAUUUAUGGAGGUGAGUGGAAAUAAACUCACUUAAUUUAGAGCCUUUUAUAGAAGUAUAGGCUCUAAACUAUGUAGCUUGUGUGCCUUUAAUGUGGCAUACACACCUGUUUUCACACUGGAUAUUUGGAUCAACCGCUCCCACUAUGUCACGUUUCAUGGAAAAAGGAAACUGAGAAUAUCUCUUAAGUGCAGUGAAAAGUGUAACAUACAGGUAUGAAAAUUGCUCACCUGGUGUGGAGCUUAUUAAAACUGGCUCCAAGUUGUAUCUGUUUAGUGUCUAUUUAUAGGGUGACACUUCCCCUUUGAUUGGAACCCAGUUGAAGACUCAGGAUGAUGAAAUAGAGCAUACCUUUUAUUUACCAAUGACAUUGGUAAAUAAAACCAAAAAUCAAAAAAUCUAAUAAAAAAAACUUGAUAAAACCGUAAAAUACUAAUUUCUUCCUUUUCCUGAUGUCCUUUGAAACGCGUUUCGCCUGUGGGAUAGGCUUUUUCAAUUGGUGAUGCUCUUGUUUCCGAGUUUCUGUAUUUAAAUCUCUGCUCGUCCUGCUUUAGGGUAUCGUUAUCCAAUGGAAGGCUUGAUUCCCAGCUGUAGCGUAAUUAGGAGCAGAACCUACCUAUGUGUUCACCUUCUGAUCGUAGUUCCGUAGUAAACGUGCACUCUUGUUGGCAUCAUGUCAUUUCUGGUUAUUUUUUGGGGGGAACUGCAAUCCCCAUACUGCUGUGUUCCGAUAUCCGUCCAUUACAAUGUUCAUAUAUGCCAUAAAGUACUAUAGAAAAUGAAAAAAAAUUGCAAGUUUAAUAUAUAAACGCUAUAGAUAAGAACAAAUAUAAGAAAGAAGAACUAGGCAAGAUAUAUAAGACAUAACAUUUGUUAAGUCUGGAAUGUUUUGCAAAGAAAAUCGAUAAGAAUUUUGGAUAGCUCUAUAUUGCUUUCAACAUCAUUUUUAAAUGUUACAAAUAUAAUGUAUCCAAUAAAUUGAAAUCUUAAAAAUAUUAAUUUCUUGGUACUAUCACGCCUAUUGUGUAAAUACAUUUAUUAAGAAAAUAUAUAUUUGUGUAUAUCUAUGAACAAUCUUAAAAAAUCUUUAAAAAAUCGCUUAUACAAAAGUGGCACAGUUCAAAAUCUACAUUUAGACCUAGCGGGGCUCAAGUGUUCAAAUUAAAAAUCCACUUAAUCUCAGUUUUAGUUAGUUAUAUAUUUAUUUAUUUUUGACAACUUUCCCUCUCCAAUUAGUCUCUAUUUUUUGAAUUGCUAAACAUCUCAUGCAAUGUGGGUCACCGUUAUGAAACAAUUUAAAGUGCUGUUUUUUGUUUUUUUUUAUAUUUCUUACAUGUUCAUUUACUCUUAUAUGCAAUGGUAUUUUUGUCCUGCCCAAGUAAUACAGAUUGCACGUGCAUACUAGAAGGAGAUGAAGUUAGUGUAACAUGUAAUAAGACUUUUAUUUUUUUUAUUUUGUACUUCCGGUUUGUGGAUUUUUAAAAGUUUUCUCAUGUCUUUAAAAAAACAAAAACCACAAAAACGUAUUGCCUGUAUUUCUGCAUGCUGUACAGAAUUGGCCAAAAUGUAUUUAACUUUUUUUUUUUUUACAUUUUAUUAUUAUUAUAACUAAAAUUGCAGAUACAAGUCUUGCCAACCUAGGGCAGGCCAUGUUCCGAGCUCUGUUGAAGUGCUCUGAGCCAGAGUUUAAUGUCCUGAGUUUACUCAGCAAUACUUGAACACUUCUAAUGAUGCCCUUGUACUUGAUCCGGCGCUAUGGGUCCGAACCGGGACAGUUGAGAGAUAUGGCAUUACUAUUUACACUAAAUUUGGAGGUUGAUACAUAAACUAACAUUCAAUGUAUGGAAAGACCUAAUGCUAAUUUAUAGUAAACAUUAAAGUAAACCUUACAGGUGUAAUCUAAUAAUCAUGAUGGGUUUCACCUAAUUGGAGGUAAAGCUGGAAAUGAGCUGUUUUGUUCACACUAGACCACUAGAGGUCCUCCAAGGGAAACAAAUACUCACAAAAGGGCAUAGAGGGAAGAUGCAGUGGUGUGUCUUCUAUAUAAUACAGGCAGGAGAUAAGUGUAAAGGAUGUUCCAACAGCUCUGUUCCUUUCUUAUGUUAAAUGAUCAUAGAGUCAUAAGCUGGGACUAUGAAGCUUAGCACAAUUAAUACUUAUUUUUAUUAGUAUUCAAUGAACACUUUCUUUUUUUUAAAUUCUUUUAUUAUUAUUUUUUUUAUUUAUAUAGCGCCAUCAGAUUCGGUAGCGCUGUACAAUUGGUGGACUAACAGACAUGUAAUUGUAACCAGACAACAGGACGUACAGAAACAGAGUGGGUGGAGGGUACUGCUCAAUGAACUUACAUUCUAGAGGGAGUGGAUUAUAGUGACACAAAGGGUAAAAGUAGGGGUACAAAGUAGGUUGUUAGAAAAGUAUUCACUGAGGGCUUAGUAGGUAAUUUUUGACUGUUGCAGGAGAGGAGUCAUGGGGGGUUGGGGAUAAAAAUCUGCUAACGGUUUAAUUGAUAUAAGAAAAAGGUGCUCUGUGCAAUUAGGCGCUUAACAAUAAUAUAUAAAUAGAACAGCAGCUCAAACACGCAUGCAGGUAUCCCAAUCCUACACAAACACAAUGUGAAAGAAAAAAGUGAACUUAGUGGAUCGUACUACCACCAAAAGAUCACUCAGUGGAGCGCUAAAUAUCAAAUUCUUACCCCUAUUGGAAUAACGUAUAUAUCACUUUAAGGGGCAGACAGCAUAAUAAAAUCUACAACAAGAAAAUACACAUCAUGGUGCAGUAUGCUUGUAAGGUGUGAAUGGAGUGGAAGAAGAUGUAUGUCCAACUCACAUGGUAAAGAGCCUGGAGAUUGGCUCAAAUCACAACAGCUGAGGUAUGUUUGGUAAUACCAGACCUUCUCCAGAUAUACAGCUCACAACAUAUGUGGAUAAAAAAGGACAAAAAUCCUAGUACAAGUAUGUUUAAAAUAAACAAGUGGUCACAUAUAACAGUGCAUGAAUGUGCUCACCUGGAAUAGAGCCAAUUGUACUAGGCUCUAUGUAUAAGCGUGUGGUGCCUUUAAGGGAGGCACUACCCUUCUUUAGAAAAUGCAGGAAGCAGUUGAAGAUCCACUACCAGAUGUAUAAGGUAAAAGUAACAAUUUAUAAAAAAAAAAAAAAAAAAAUAAAAACAAUUAAGCAAAGUAAAACUGUAUAUACAGAUACCAAAAAGUAAAAGUCUCUGGGGUGGUCUUCCUUGGAGUUCCGAGACGUGUUUUCGCCGUGGGGCUUUCUCAAUCAGAUUUUUUAAUUGAUAUGCUUUCUUGAAGUGCGUUUUCAAUGAUUUUUUUUAAAUGAGUGGAGACUGAGUGAAAGGCUAACGGAGAAAGGGAAGGGAGUUCUACAGAAGAAGUGCAGCCCUGGAGAAAUCUUGGAGGCGAGCAUCAGAGGUGGCCGUAAGGACAGAGGAUAUACGUAGGUCUUUGGCAGAGUGCAAGGGGCCUCGACGGGACAUACUUGUGUAUUAGGGAGGAUAGGUAGGUUAGAGCAGCAUUAUGUAGGGACUUGUAAACAAGCACCAGAAUUUUAAAUUGAGCCCUAUAUCUAACUGGAGGCCAAUGCAGAGCGGGAAGGUGUGGGAGGUGCGAGCAGACAGGAAAAUGAGCCUCAUUUUGCAACCGGGAACACGUAAGGCCACUGAGAAUGGGACUGCAGUAGUCGAGGCGAGAGAGCACAACAGCAUGGACCAGCACCUUAGCCGCAUCCGGUGUUAAAAAGGGGCAGAUAUGUGACUCAAAUCACUAUUUCUCUGCUGAGGAAUUUUGAGUUAUGAGCAUGCAUAUAAGUGCUGUUUGAACACCUACAGUUGGUUUGAUAUUUUGGGUUCACCCUAUUGCAACCAGAACAAAGUGCACAUUCCCAAGUAUUUUCUUUCAAGGAGUACUCUAAGCACCAUGACUCUACAGUGCUUUGUAGUGGUUAUGGUGUGCACAGUCUAUGGGUGUUUUUGCUUAGCUUGACAAAAGCCUGGUCUGAACCAGUGUUUUCAAUCUGACCCUUCUUCUGUGGCUUGACCAAUGCGAAAAAAAAUUAUACUGGACUCGUCCACUUUUGUAUGGCAGUGAUGUGCUGUAGGUAGAUUAUCCCAGCUCUCCCAGCCUAUUAUGUGCCCUAAUUUUGAUAUGUAAACUGAAUGUUCAAUUCACAAUUCUAUUUCUGUUCAUGUAUGAGAAUACAGAAUCUCCUUCUAUUGUGAAAGAUCUUCUACAUGAGAUGUUGAAAUUAAAUGAGAAUAUUUUUGAAAUGUUUGGAAUAUUUGAAGCAGGACCUUUUGCACAUCUAUUUGUAGUCAUUAAUUGAUGGUCUCCAAUAUAGUAAAUCUUUAUAUUUCCAUAAUGGUUUUGCUUUUUAAUUAUUCACCAUGUUCAUCACCUCUGCAUACCUAAUAAAUGACCAAAAACGAUUCCUAUAAGUGCUACCUAAGUAUACAACAAAAGAACCCCUCUCCCUCCCAGUGGGAUUUGCAUUGGCAUUAAAACCUGCUCCACACCGCCAGACAGCAGAAAGUAGGCUGACUUGGAGUCUAUUCUUAUGGGGAAGAACUUUAUCUAGGUUCAGAGGAAAGACAGACCCUAUUUAAAAACGUAAUAUCUGGCUUUAUUAAACUCCACCUGGAUUUGGGAUGAGCUAAAUAUGAUCUGGUCCAACUCCCUCCUGCCCCCCCCAUGACUCUCUCAUAAUAAUGAACAGCUUCUUCCUGCAAAAUUCCGGAGGUAUAGAAUAUACAGGGUUGCACAGAUAUACACAUUUAUUUUUGUGACCAAAAAUUAAUCAGCUUCGAGAAGUUACAGGUUGAAAUGCCUCUUUCAACCAGAGAUAUUAUGCAAACAUACGAUUUUGGGGGGAAGGGAAUGGGAGGACAUAUGAAAGGCUUUCUUCUAUAUGCAUUACUGCACAGACACCGUUUUUAGGGGGUAUACAACCCCAGUACAGUUACACCACAUUGGGAAAAUUCCCACUGAUGUAUGCAGGCAAUCAAGAAAUUUAUGCACAGAUGUGGUAAUUUUGCCCUAAGAUCAAACAAUUUUGGAAAGGUGUACAAGGUUUAGUAACUAAGGUUCCAUGCAGAAAUAUACUAUUCGACCCAUGGAAACUUCUACAAUGUAAGUCAUUGGAUACCUUAUCACGUGAAAAAAAACUAAUAAAUAAGAUUUCCCUAGCAGACAAAAAGGUAUUGAACCAAGCAUGGUUUAAACUGAAGUCUCUAUGAGAGCAGAGGUGGAAUACAGAGUACAGGACACAUAUUUUAUGGACAAACUAUCGGCCUCAGUCUGCUUUCAAAGGCUUAAUUUAAUACAAUUUGGCAACAGUAGAUGGCUUAUAAAGCCUUAUACAUGGUUGGGAACAUAUUUCUCCUGGCACCGGUCCACUCCUGACGGUUUCUUACUCCCAUUUCUCUCUCCUUUCCUAUCUCUCUCCUUUAUUCUUCUACUAUUAUUCCAAAAUUGAUCUAUUUCGUAUUGACACUAGAGAAAUUAACCAAGUUUAAAAACAACCACUAAUCACCACCUACUGUUAUGUUUUCCAAUAGAUGAGAUGUUAUAUUGUAUAUCUACACUAUAAAAAUGUACUAAUUGACGCAAUGAUUGGCUUGUUAAAAAUAGAAUUGAUAAAAAUAAAAACAAGCUCCAUUUGUGGCGUACACUUCAGUAAUAUCUAGAGUGUUAGAAGAUAGUGUUCUAUCACUUGUUUUUUUUGAGGGACUAAAAUUGGCAGUUCUUUUUAAAUAUUUUAUUGUUUUUCAUACUUGACUACAAUUUGCAUCACUGGUGAUGCUCCUAGUUGUGAAGCGUUGUCACGGUACUGAAGCAUAGAUGGAAUUGUCCUGAUAAAGAAUAUGCUACAGAUCAUUAUAGUGGUUAUUGGUGGUAGGAAUCUGUGGGUCCCCAGUUUUCAAAACACUUUUGUGAUGUGUUACAUGGUACCUUUUUCUGGAGUUUAAUCAGGACAAUUAAGAAAAAUCUCAGGACCGUGGGAGAGGGUCCCUAAAUUGGGACGAUCGCAAACUAGACAAAAUAGGUUUCUGUUCUGUAUGUUCUAGAUUGAUAUGUACAUAUUAUAUAUGAAGAAGAAUAUGUACAACUCUUGUUUAUAAUUGUAAUCUAGCAAAAACAUUUAUAGAAAUAGCUCAUUGAACAAUAUUCUUCUUUUACUGACAAGGUGAUGUAGCCUAGAUAAAUAUUUGUAAUGUUUGUUCCUUUUGCCUCUCGAAAAACCACUAUGUGGUGCUGUUGCACCUUAUUUAUAUUUUUCCAAAGCAUGUUAUACAUUUUUAAAGAAAAUAAAUAUUUUGAAGAAGAGUAAUGUAAUUGUCCUUGAUAUGAAUGGAUUCUUGCAAGAUUUAAUAAACAAAAUUGAACAGGAAAUGCAUUGAAAUGAAUUUAGAUUAUUCCAUUUUAUGAAGUAGGCUCUUUCUGUUGGACUCCUUGGUCAACAAAAAGUAUAUGCUAAAAGUAAAAAAAAUGUUUUUUUAUCUAUGAGUAGUUAUAAGCCAACCAGUUAGUUUGUAAUAUUUCUUUUUAUGAUUUGUCACAUUCAUCCCAUAAACAUGUACAGGCUAUGUGCAGCUUGUGUACCUAAAGAAACACUCUAAUUAAAUAUGUAUUAUAGUAUUUGUAUUUGUUUCAUUUGUUAUGUCCCCUGUUGGUUGUAGGAAUAAAAAAAGGUUGACGAGGCAGAGAAGGGCAUACCUACGAAUAAGUAAAAGAAAAUAUAACGGGCUAGAGUUGUUAAGAGCUUUAUAAGAAAAGGAUAGUAUUUUUAAUUGACUCCUAUAGGAUGCAGAAAGUCAAUGUAAGGAUUGAUAGAAGUGUUAGGUGUGAGAGGAGCGACCGGAGAGAAAAAUCAGCCUGGCGGCAAUGUUCAUUACAGACAAGCCAGUACAGCUUCUGGGGAGACCAGUUAGGAAAGAAUUACAGUAAUCCAUUUAAGAAAUUACUAGAUCUCCUUAACCAGGAUGUGGCAACAAACUGGACAUGAGGUGCAAAGGUGAGGCCUGAGCUAACACCAAGACAGUGAGCUUGCUAAGACCGUUUGAUGCAGGUACCAUCAACUUCCAGGGAGAGCGAAAGAGGAGGAUUAGUAUUAUGAGGAGGAAAAACAAGAAACUCAGUUUUAGAGAUAUUGAGCUUCAAACAGAUUAGAAGGGGAGAGCUUGCAAGACACAUGAAAUCUGCUGCUUUUGCAUGCGGUUUUUACAUAUAUUCCCCAAUGAAAAAAUGUAGAAUUAAACGCAAAACAUACCAAAAUCAUUAUUUAGUCGAUAUACCCCCAAUUAAAACAUGCAUGCAUUUGGGCAGUGGAGUGUCUCUUUAAUAGGAAAUGGUAAUAACACAGCAAAGACAAUUGCAUGUUGUAGGUGUAAAAAUAAAAGGUGAGAAAACAAAACUCUAUCACCAUUGUUCGUGUUCUUAAAUUGUCCAGGAGUACAGCAUAGCUCCUGUCGUAGGAGGAGAAACUACAUUCAGGGUACAUUUGAGAUAUGUGUUCCAAGUCCCCACUCCUACAAAAUACUCAAAAUGAUCUUUGGCUCUGUAGGUUAAAUAAACCAUUUUCCCCACCCUUGUUUCUGUUAGAGUGCCCAAUGCUGAGAUCCUUGGCUAAAGCACCACAGCAGAAAAUUGGCAGCCCAAUGUAAAGCUUCCUUUUAGUUACCAGUCUUCUAGCAAAGGGGCAUGCGCAGGACAAUAAACAUCUAGCCGAAAUACAAUUAGACACCUUUAUCUUCCAGAAUGAAUGGGGUCGGAAUCUAAAAGGUAGUGCUUUUAAUUACCUUUUAUUUUACCAGGCACUUGAGAAGGAAUUUGUUUUGUGGGCUUUUAGUUGUUCACCAUUUUGCUUUAUGCUAGACAGAUUAUCAUAACAAUUGAAGAAUGGGUCAAGAUAUAGAGAAAUAGCGCAGACAAUAGAUUUAUAGAUACAGAGGCAGAUUAAGUACAUUUGAUACAUAUCUUUGAAGAUCUUUCCAGCACACAGCAAAACUCCUUCUGGAAGAAAUUGGGCCUAGCAGGAAGAGGAGCAGGUGCGGAUAUAUUCUUUACUCACUUUUCUGAAUGAGGAGCUGCCGAUAGGCUAAGAGUGUCUUCUGACACUGGUGCCUUGUCCUAGGCUUCCCAAUUGAAAGACUUUCACUAAAGGACUUAUUCAUAGAUCAAGUAAGAAAUGAACAGUUGAGCGAGGAAAAAAGAGGAGCCGGUAAAUAAUAAAUAACAACAAAAAAUUAUAUAUAAUGUAUAAAUCCCUUGAGGACGGCGAGCGUGCUAUGCCUUCCUUGGGGACCUGGCUCUAAACGCCGGUGGGUGACAGAGCACGUCCCCACUGUCCUAUGUACUUACCCGGUCGCCGGCGAUCCCACGCCUGGUGAUAGCGGUGUGGGGACUCACCUGGCAUCCCAGGGAGUCCCCCUGCUGCGGUCUCGGCCCACCUGGGCCAUGUGAUCGUGAGGUCCUUGCGAGGACCUCACGAUCACAUGGACUGCAUAGCUGUCCACAGCAGUGCCAGCUGGGGGAGUGCCUGUAAUUACAGGUACUCUCCCUGCUACCUGUAAAAUGUAAAAAAAACUUAAGUUUAAAAUAAAAUAUUAUAUAUACACACACACUGUCUAAGUGUAUUUUAAUAUUAAUAUAUAAUUAUAUAUUAAUAUCAAAAUACACGUAGAAUGAUGUUGAGUAAAUAUAUAUUUAUAUAUAAUAUCAAAUAAAUAUGGAAAAACCUAAAAAAAUUAUAAAAUAUGUAUAUAAGCAUAAAAUACCGGCACUCAAGGCUUUCCAAAAGUUUAUUCUCCAUUAUUGUGAAUAAAUGGAGAACUAAACUUUUGGCAAGCCUUGAGUGCCUGUAUUUUUAUUUGCUUAUAAUUGAGCCACCAGAGCACCAGGUAUUAUUUUCUUUUUAUUCGUUGGAGUGCAGGGGUUGCCUGUAUUUUUAUUUAUAUAUGUGUGUGUAUGUGUGUGUGUGUGUGUGUGUGUGUGUGUGUGUGUGUAUAUAUAUAGUGUGUGUAUGUAUAUAUUUAUGUAAUUUACAUAAUUAGGUCAAUUUAUUAAUUACAAUUUGCGGGACCUGCCUGUCAACCCAGGCCGAAAGUACAGGGAAUUUUAAUUUGCUUGCACUAUAUUUAACCUUGUAACUUUACAAAACACCAUAAAACCUGUACAUGGGGGGUACUGUUUUACUCGAAAGACUUCGCUGAACACAAAUAUUAGUGUUUAAAAACAGUAAAAUGUAUUAUAACGAUGAUAUCGUCCGUGAAAGUGACAUUUUUUGCAUUUUUCACACACAAAUUGCACUUACACUGACGAUAUUGUUGUGAUACGUUUUACUGUUUUGAAACACUAAUAUUUGUGUUCAGCGAAUUCUCACGAGUAUAACAGUACCCCUCAUGUACAGGUUUUAUGGCAUUUUCAAAAGUUACAGCAUCAAAUAUAAGGCUUGCGUUUCAGUUUUUUCACAUUGAAAUUCGCCAGAUUGGUUACGUUGCCUUUGAGACCAUAUGGUAGCCCAGGAAUGAAAAUUACCCCCAUGAUGGCAUACCAUUUGCAACAGUACACAACCCAUUUCCCAUUUCAAUGGCAAAAAACUGAAAAAUGUAACUUUCCAAAAACACCAUAAAACCUGUACAUAGCGGGUACUGUUUUACACGUGAGACAUCGCUGAAUACCAAUGUGUAUUUUAUUGCAGUAAAAGCAAACAGUGUUAUGACAUUCACAGUUAAAAUGUUAAAAAAAAUCUUAUUUUCUCCCACUUUUUUAAAUAUUUUAUUCAUAUUAAAUUAUGUUUCAUACCUAAAUAUUUGAUGUUAAAUGAAAGCCCUGUUUCCCCUGAAUAAAAUGAUAUAUAAUAAGUGUGGGUGCACUUAAUAUGAAAGAGGUGAAUUAUGGUUGAACAGACAUAUAGUCAAAUUCCAGAUUUUGUUUACGUUUUGUACAUCAAAAUGUGUACAUUUGUCUCAGUCCUUAAAUAGAUUUUGAAAAAAUUUUUUUUACUGCUCCUCCUUUUUCUUCUAUUGAUUACUUUUCACUGUAUCUGUGAAUCAAAUGGUGCGAAAAUGCCCCUGUCUGUGUUCUGUAAAAUAAAAACUUAAUAUAUAAAUUUUGGAUUUUUUUUUUUGCCACGCACAAGUUUACUAGCUACUUCCUAUAUUGAUUAAAAAAAUAAAUAAUUUUUUUUUAUAUAUAUGUAGAAAGGCCAUUAGGCCUGAAUUUGUGGGAGGAGUAAGUCCUUAAACUCCCAGCCCCUACUCACCGCUGCCGCUCAGCUGAUUGUCCUUAGCAACCAGCACUUCCGGUCCAGCUUCCCGCCAGAACUGUACCUGUUUCCAGCAGUCAGACGUCCUGUUCAAUCCUCCGUCCGCUCGAGGUCCUUCCACUUUUCCCCGGUCGAGGUACCCGACUUCCGGUCACGAGACCGGCACGUUCACGUAAGCAAGGCGUGGGAAUUAGCGUUUGCUAUUUUCCGCCGUUCGGGCCUAAAAACGUAGGGGUAGGCUCCCUCUUUCGCAUUUACACGAAUACAUGCUUUUCGUUAAAAUCUCCAUUCGCGCCAAAACGCACGAACGCUCGGCUCAUUUCACUAUCGUUUAAACAUAUUCGUACGGAAACUACCGAAUAUAUAUUUAAUGUAUUAAGCUCAUUAUUAUCUGUAUUCCCUUUUUCCGUUCGGUCAUUUAGUACCAACCUAUUCGUAUGGUUAAAUACACGAACACCAUCUUACUAAUUUACAUUCGGUUAUAUUUCUAUUCUUACAAGCUAAAGCAUGCAUAAGUUCUAAUCACACGAAUCCUACUAUUACUUAUACCUUCACAUCAGUUUGGGGUUAUUCUAUCUGGUUUAACUACCAGCCUUGUGUUUUUCCUACCUUUGAUAACCGAUUACGUAUUUUUCUAUAAUAAACAUACUGUUUUAACCAUGGUUUAACCAUGGUUCAUACCUUCAUACGUGUCUAAUACAAGCAAUACCAUUCUUUCCAAAAAAAAAAAAACACUCAGUUAUAAGUCAUUUAAACACUACAUACAAGUAAUACCCAUUACACAUAAUCCGUACUAUUCCUUUCACAUUAAUCACGCUGUCACAUAUUUUGGCUUUUACAGAUUGCAUCGGUCUCUUGCUUUUCUGCGCUAAAGUUGUUAUUUCAAGGUCCUUUUAUUACAGGAACAGGUAUGGUAUAUUAUCACUUUGAGUUAUCAGGUUUUUAUCAAUUAUCUUCACAUCUAUCGCUAAUAUGGAAAUUGUCUUUGGUUAAACGCAUAGAUCCUGUAUUAGUCUAAGCUUCCACCGAUUCUACGCAGUUAACCUGCCACGAUUAAACAUAAUCUCUGUACUUCAAACCAAGGUAUAGUUCACUCUCUUUUCAAUACUAGACCUCACGCGGUCUCAACUCCAUUACUACCUUUCCUCAGGCUUACGCCCAGGAUACGUUAUCUCUUUACUACUUGUCUACACAGACAUUCGGUCGUACGGCCAUCAGGCUCAGAAAACACCAAAAAACCUGACCCGGUACUCAGCCAUACCUUCAGGUACUUACGUCCUUACUCAAGUACGUCCAUUCGCUACCCCAAGGCCUCAUUCUGCCUUCUCACUUAUAUCUAAAAUCAUCCCAUUCCUACACCUAAACCUCCCAGAUCCCUCAAUGCAGGAUCUCACGUGGCGCCCCUAACAAACCUUCUCCCAAUACUAUUCAUACGACAUUACGAUACGUCUAAAUACAUCAACAUCUGUCUUAAACCCCCAGGAUUCUUCCUCUAAGACCGCAUUAAGACAAGACUCUCUACACUUAUCAGGAGGCUCCAGAUACCAUUUAAGACCAGUCAAGGUUAGUAUCCACACACCACUCCAGUCCUCUCACUUUACCCUUAAGCAUACAAUCGAACUGGCUAUAGGGCACAGGCUAAUGCCUUAGCCCACCCUAUCAGGAAAUCCGAUCCCGCGAGGCCUAUCACCCCCACCCCACCUCAACACGGAGGUACGGCCCCACGCCCAAACCAUAGUUAUAAGCCUCGCAUGCCCUACUACAGGGCUCUAGUUAGGGCCUCACCUGUCACGGCCACACGUUUUGAUUUCUCUUAUCGUCACCGAGAGGCCAACAUCCCGCCAUCACGUCUGUGGCACCUACGUCAUAAGCCAAAUCAUAGGUAGAGCCUCUCACCGCCACUUGGCAUUAGCAGGGCCUCACCUAUCCAGUCAUCCAACAGUUAAGUUUUUCGCCUCAGCAUCUAGCAUUACAGUCCAGUUCUUCCAGAUACACCACUCCCCAUACCCCCCCUACUUACCUCACUCCCCUUCUAAUAUAUCUUUCACAUAAUCAUUCCUUUUUAGAAUGUCCCAAGAACCAAUUCCAAACGAAGAACUGACAGAAAAAACACCAUUCACGCCAAUCAGACCCGUGUGUCCAGGCGAAUCACUCACUCUUUCAACCCCCACGUCCUUGAGAGCAUGGACUAUUCCCAAAAUCACGGCCGAGCUUAGGCUCAGGGGAAUCCCCUUUCCGGCCACAGCUAUAAAGGCAGAACUUUACAGGCUGCUUACCCACCAAGUCCCCGAGCCUAGGCCGGGAACUAGCUUUCAAGGGCAACCACCAAGAAACAGCACAGCCACCCAGGAUACCCUAGCAGAUAUCUUGGCCAAUCUACAGACCCUCAAUAGCAGGCUGUCUAAGGUGGAGAGCGCCAUCUCCUCCUCAGGUACUAACACCGAAGUCCCAGUCUCUACCACGGCUGUACCUGCCAUACCUACAUUCCCCCCUAUACUCCCCCCUCCAGCACCUGGCACAGCCAUCACAACAUUCGAGUCACCAGCACACUCCGUCCCAGACUCUAUCAGGAAAGAUAUCCUAGGAUGUGUGUCUGGUGUCUUUACUCAUAGCCUCUCAGGAUAUACUUGAGAACAAGGCAUACAACUAUGGUGACAUUUCAGUCGUGCUCAAAACGAGGUAUCCCAGGCUCAAUAAAAAAUUGUCUAUCCCCCAGUUCGUGAUAGCUUUCGGGAUAUACCGCGACGUCAUUUGCACGGUGUAUCCCCAUAGGAGAGAAGAGCUAGAUCUCUAUCUCCACAAGGUAGUGGAUCUAGGCAUCAAGUACGGGGGCUCUUCCUUCUAUGACUACCACAAGUCAGUUUCAGCGAAAGCGGCGACCCAUCUCAAGCAGUUCAACAUUAGAAUGAACUGGGGUCAGAUGGACACAGAACUUUUCUGUCGCCACUUCGCUGGACUCAGGCCCCCGGCUUGUGCCAUCUGUAAUUCUACAUCCCACAUGGCUGACUUAUGUCCCGUCGAAUCAGAUCACACCACCUCCACUCCCACCCCUCACCCCACGUUCACACCUAACUCCUCUUUCACCCCUCACAACAAGCCAGUGGGUGGUCUUCGGGAUAAGCUGGGUAGGCCCAUCUCCUUUUUAGGUAAAGCGCAGGUGUGCAAUAAUUUCAACGCAGGCUCCUGCAGUUUCAGCGCCUGUAGAUUAUUGCACAUCUGCUCCAUAUGUUUCAGGGCACAUAUCAAGACCAUGUGUCCAGCCAGGUUGUCACCAAACAAAUGACUAACCGACAUAAAUAUCGACAACAUGUUUUUUUAUCUAAGGUCUCACCCCAGCAGGCACUUGGUGGAUUUUCUCACCACAGGUUUCUAACAAGGGUUUCACACAGGCAUAGUAGCCAUUCCCCCAGAUACACUAGAAUGUCCUAAUCUCCAGUCUGCACGUUUAGACCCAGUCGCUGUAGACACUCUCAUUUCCGCAGAAACCACUAACAGUUUCAUGAUCGGUCCCUUCACCUCUUCACCGUUUUCCUCCUGGCGCACUAACCCUAUUGCUAUUCACAAAUAUUCUAAUAAAAAACGUCUUAUUAUCGAUUUAUCGGCACCGCACUCCUCUUUUGUUCCAAGCAUAAACGCACUCAUUCCAGCAGCCGAAUUCUCACUUCAGUAUGUUACCAUCGACGAUGCCAUACAGUCCAUCAUUACAUUUGGUAAUCGACCCUGGCUCAGCAAAACAGACAUCACUAACGCCUUUAAAUUACUGCCCAUACACCCCUCGCUCUGGCACUUACACGGUGUUAAAUGGCGAGGGAAUUAUUACUUCUCAACACGACUCACUUUCGGUUCUCGAAGCAGCCCCAAACUUUUCGACAUUUUCGCAGAGUCACUAUGCUGGCGGCUUCUGAACGUCAUCAGGUGUCACUCCGUUAUUCACUAUCUAGACUACUUUCUACUGAUAGAGCCAGGGUCAUCAACACCCACAGCAAUCAAAAGUACUACCGCACUAUUUUCCACACUUGGAGUCCCUUUGUCCCCAGCCAAAACUAUAGGACCCACAACAAAGUUGACCUUUUUAGGCAUAGAGCUCGACUCUGUCAAACUCAGAGCUAGCCUUCCCCACGACAAACUUUCACGAUUGAGAGGGGAGAUAGACACGUUCCUGCGGAAUGACGUUUGCACCAGGAGAGAACUUCAGUCCCUUCUCGGAUCUCUGAACUUUGCCAUGCGCAUCAUUCCGCAGGGAAGGUCUUUCAUAUCCAGACUUCUUUGCCUGCUCCAUGGAGUCCCGGACUCCGGCACAGUUUCUUUGGACCCCCACGCCAAGGCUGACUUAGCUAUGUGGGGGAAGUUUUUGAAAGACUGGAAUGGUAUCUCCAUGUUUAUCCCCCCUCUCUCCACCUCUUCACCCAUCAUCCACACAGAUGCAGCAGCCAACACCGGUUUCGCAGCCAUUUUCGGGAACCACUGGUCUAGGGGCCACUGGCCCACUGAGACGGAUGCCUUGCCAGGAUUCAGGGAGACUUCAGCCCUAUUUGAAAUUUACCCCAUUGUGGCGGCCGCACACACCUGGGGUCAUCUCUGGUCCGGCAAGGCAGUAAAAUGCUACUCAGAUAACUCGGCAGCUUGCGAUAUCAUUAACAAAGGGCGCUCAUCAUCCCUGACCAUCAUGCGGCUGAUUCGCAAGUUGACCUGGCUGGCAGCAUCCAAUCAGUUUCACUUAGUAUGUUCUCACAUCCCGGGUAUUCACAACACCGCCGCUGACGCUCUUUCUCGUUCUCGAUUCCAGGCAUUUUCUCAGGCACUCCCAAUGGCUCACCAACAGCCAUCCAGGACACCACGGUUUCACGAACUAAUCUUGGAUUAAGCACACUCUUGCUUCACGCUAGAUCACUCACUCACCAAGCAUUAUCACCCAACACUGCUAUCACUAACAAUUGGGCACUUAACAUAUUUAACAAAUUCACUGCAGAAUUCGGGCUACAAGGUGACUUUUCCAUCCAAACCAUGGUGUCUUUUGCCUCUUUCUGCCACCUACACCUUAAUCUGUCGCACAACACCAUUAAACUUUACCUCACCGGGGUUCAGCACCACAGCCUCACCAAUUUUCCUAACAGCACUCCUUUUUUGUCUUCAUACCCCAUUAAAAAGGUCUUGAAAGGUAUAUCAAAGGUUUCACCUCCACUCGCAAGCACUAGAUUACCCAUAGACGGGCCUAUCUUCAGGUCACUUAGCAAUCUCCUUGACACAGCCACAUUUAAUAGCAACACCAAUACGGUGAUCAAAUCUGCUAUAUAUCUCGCUUUCUAUGGUUUUUUCAGACCUAGAGAGUUCACCGUGGUUUGUCAAGGAGAUAUCGCGCUAAGCCUUAAAACUUCACACCUCACCAAGAUAGAGGAUCACUACCUACUUUCUAUCCCUACCACUAAAACCAACCGGUCAAUACACCCUACUAUAAUCCCUCUCUUCCCUACUGAUAAUGCCUGGUGUCCGGUGAAAGUUCUCGACCAUCUACGGUCAACUCUUCACGCUCACCUGCCAGACUCUCCGCUCUUAACAUUACAAGGGCACCCGCUUACCUCGGCAAAAUUGAUGUUACAUGUCAGAACCCAGUUAUCUAAGCUCGGACACAACCCGGCUGCAUUCUCCGGGCACUCCUUCCGCAUAGGAGCCGCCUCAGCAGCCUCUAGCACAAAUGCACCGGUCCACAUCAUCAAAAGGCUGGGGCGAUGGAAAUCCUCCAUAUAUAACGCAUAUAUUCCACAACCGGAGAAAGAGCUUCGCCAAGCUUUGAGGAACUUGGUCUUGUAAAAUGCAAUAAAGUGUGUAUUUUCUCGAGUUUAUCUUUUGCCCUCUUUUAUUUACAGGCCCACUCGUACGUUGGUUUCGGCACACCACAACCAACUUUGCUCACAGAUACUAUCCAUUACGUAUUUAAAUUCCGAGCACAAGUAGAAAGGCCAUUAGGCCUGAAUUUGUGGGAGGAGUAAGUCCCCUACUUAAACUCCCAACCCCUACUCACCGCUGCCGCUCAGCUGAUUGUCCCCACCCACCUACACCCUGUUUUAACUACAUUAUCCUUGGUGGGCCCUCUUUUAUUUACAGGCCCACUUGUACGUUGGUUUCGGCACACCACAACCAACUUUGCUCACAGAUACUAUCCAUUACGUAUUUAAAUUCCGAGCACAAAUAUAUAUAUAUAUAUAUAUAUCUCUCACAAAUAAUGGCACUCACCCUUACUAGUAUAAUAAAUAGUAGAAGUGCCCUGGUGCAAUCUCACGCUGAUAAAUAGUUAUAUUGAAAAAAGACUGUUCGGGUCUUCCUCAGGAUCAACAUGUAAACAUAAAAUCAGAAUAUAUAUAGAAAAAGAUAGUGUACUCACCAGUUGUGAUUAACUCCCUCAUCCAUUCAAUCCGAACCCGGAAGUGAAAACCGGAAGUCACGUGACGUGCAAAAUCACGUGAGAAUGUGAUUCCAGUGAAUAGGGUUUCUAGGAAACCAAUGAAAAUAUUAUAAAAUUGGUUUCAUACUGGUCCGUAUAUUACGUGGAUUGUGAAAUAUAUGUGGCUAUUUGUUAAAUUAUGUAUGUGAAAACAACGUACAAAAUCCACACGAACUCACUGAGUGCAUGUGUCAGUGAAUAAUACUACAGAAAUAUCGUGAAAUGGAAAAAGUGUCAUGCGUAAAUAAACAAAAGUGCAGCAGAAUAUCUAACAGCCAAAGUGAAGCAGAUUUGUGUAGUUAGACAUAUACAUAGAUAACAUAAAAUUAAAACAUAAAUGCCUCCCAUGGACAGAAACUAAAGUGUAUAUAUAUUGUAUAUUUACAUAAGAUGUCUUAUUACUUAAACGCAAAGGAAGGAGCAGAUUAUGGAGUCAUAUUAUAUAAAUAUUGAAUAUAACACAGAAUGACUCUCCAAGGAGCAAAGAAGCUUGAAGGUAUUGAUAUUUAGACAUCAUUAACUAAACAACUAGGAGCAUAAUUAUUUUGCAUUAUGUGAGACAAUCUAGAUUGUAUCAAAUUUGUAAGAACUUUUGUGUGUGUGUGUGUAUAUGUAUAUUAGCACAAGGAAGAAGUUUAGCUACUUAGACCCCAUCAUCCUAUCCCACAUCUAAGGAAAUGAUGUUGGACAUGACAAUGAUAAGUGUCCAAAUGUCAGAAAGCGAUAUAAAGUUGUCUCUCAGAUUGAGAUUGAAAAUCAAUGAGACAUAAUAUCCAGGAAUACAAACUGAAAGAUAGAAAAUAAAAAUAAGAAUAUAAAAUAAGUAAUAAAUAAAUAAAACAAAUUGAAAUAAACAUGAAUGUUAGACACCUAAAGAAAUAGAACGUUCAAAAAACUAAAUCCUGGACGUGCGAUACCUCCAUAGCUCCAUACAUUAGAAAUUUUUUGAAUUUAAAGGUAUAUAUUACAACCUUAUUUGCAAUAGCAAAUUAAAGAAAAACUGCGUAAACAAUAUUUUCAUUGAGUCCUUUGGGGUCACGGUGUCAAGUCGAUGGAUCCAGCGUUCCUCUCUUUGUAGCAGCAUUCUGCAUCUGUCUCUACGUCUAGGUAAAGGAGGGAUAUGAUCAAUUGCUGUGAAACGUAAAGUUGGUAAUCUAUGUCCAAGAGCAAGAAAAUGUUUCCCCACUGGUUUGUCGCUGUAGUUGUCACGGAAUGCAGUCAUGAUAGUAGAUCGAUGUCCCCGUAUCCGGUCCCUAAGGGUAAGAUCAGUCUUACCCACAUAGGAUAAGCCGCAUGGGCACGUGAUUAAAUAGAUCACAUGGUCAGUGGUACAAGUGAUGUAAUGAGGAAUAUUAAUUCUUUGGCCAUUAUGAGGAUGAACGAAAGUAGCUCCACUGACCAUGUGGCUUCAGGUAACACAUCCACUGCAUUUAAAACACCCUUUUUUGACAAUUUUAGUGGCUCCUUGAUAGCAAUGUCUGGGAUCAUUCUUUGUAAGGAUGUCUUUAAGAUUUCUGUUUCUCUUAUAGCUCAACAUAGGUCGAUUCUGAAAUGACUUAGGUAAUUGUUUGUCAGUUUGUAACAUAUCCCAAUGUUUGUUGAUUGAUUCUCUGACUUUUGAAGUAACCGUGUGGAUAGUUAAGGGUAGGAAUAUCUUAGAUGGCAAUGUUGUUUUAGUUAUCUUGUUCUUUUCAGAUUCAGAAAUUUCUUUAGCUCGUUUUUGUGCUACUUCAAGAGUAUGGAACGGAUAUCCCCUGACCUUAAAUCUAUUCCACAUUUCCUGAAGAUGUAUUUCACAUUUUUCUUUAGUGCUGUUAUAGCUAUAUACCCGCAUAUAUAUAUAUAUAUCUAUAUAUAGAUAUAUAUAUAUAUAUAUAUAUAUAUAUAUAUCUCAAAGUGCACACUAGAAAGUGGAAAAUUACUGAUAAAAUAUUACCCUUAAAGAUAAUAAGAUUGUAAGAAGACUCCUCAAAUCUUCUGUAUAAACAUAGAAAAUAUACAAUCUAGGAAAGAAAAAAUAUACAACAGUGUAGAACGAUAGACUCUAGUGUACUACUGGUAUUAUUGCACUCACAAGAUUUAACACAGUAAAGGAGUUUAAGCAUGCGUGGGAUAGGCAUAAGGCUAUCCUAACUAUAAGAUAAGGCUAGGGACUAAUGAAAGUAUUUAGAAAAUUGGGCAGACUAGAUGGGCCGAAUGGUUCUUAUCUGCCGUCACAUUCUAUGUUUCUAUGUUAACUUGAUUACAGGCUCAUACAGGUUUCUUUAAGCGAUGUAGCCUUUGAUUCUUCUCUCUUGGAAGAGAGGAAGAAAUGCAAACAUAGUGUACCAAUAUCAGAAUAAAAACACCUUUAAUUAUAUUGCACUUACAGCAAAGAUAAUUUUUUUCUUGCAUAUCAAAGUGUUGUUCUUCCACAAGCAGAGAGACAAAAGAAAUCCCUCCGGAACAAAAACAAGAUGAUAGGGGGGCAGGGCCGGACCGCCGAGCUGAACGGUCGCAAGCAGGAGCAGCUCCUGCAAUAAAUCUAUGAUUCGACUCCUAAAACAUGAUUUUUCACUCUAAAGCUGACCGACAGCAAAGAUAUCCAAAGCAGGGUAGAGGCUGGCUCAACGAACUUUAGUCCCCUGAGGGAGAAACUCUUGUCGCCUGAAUUGAGGCUUUCUCCGGCGGUGAGUGGGGCGGACGGCCACCUCCCCACUAUCCUGCACCACGGACCCCAAGCAAAGGUUCAAUACUGAGUGGACCCGGCCCUGUUUCCCCCAUGGACCGGGGGGUGAUCCCGGUCCUCGCCCCAAGUUUUGGACCGAGGCUGAGGGGGUGUCAGGUUACCUUUGGUGUCUACCUCGGAGGAGGUUAGACACCUAGACGUCCAUCCUCCUAGGGGGGCUGACUCACCCGAUCCUCGCAGUCCUCCCGGCCGUUUACACGCCGGCCGCGAUAGCUCCGCCUCCUUUUAUGACGCGGCGCUCAGUAGCCGACGUCAUGACGGCAAUCACGUUCCGACCCGUCAAUCACGGCAACCAAGUGCCGAACAACGAAUCAGGACUCGUUGGGGGCGGGGCCAACAGUUAAAGAGCCAAGGUAUAAAAGAGGGUUUUGUGGAAUGAUUCAUUGCCCUGUCGUGGUUCUAGCUAGUCUGGUCACUCAGUGCUCUUACCUCUAUUGUCUUUUGGUUCCUGACUCGGCUUGUAUUUUUUGACCCUGCUUCCCUCUCUUGUCCUUUUGACUCGGCUUGUCUCUCGCUUACCUACUCUCUCGUUCCCUCGACCUCGGCUUGUCUCUGACCAUUCUUUGCUUUCUCCUUACGUUAGUCCGGCCAUUCUAAGGUCCGGUAUACGUACCUAUCUCCUGUUUGUAUUCUGCGUGUUGGAUCCCUGUCACGAUCCUGACAUUACGACAGGGCCAAUGGAUCCUGCAGGUACAAACUCUCAGGUCGGUUCUCCUGACUCUAGAUUUGAGGCCAUGGAUCAUAGAAUGGACCAGAUGGCUCUAGCUCUGCAAGCAUUGCUAUCUCGUCCUAGUAAUCACUCAGAGGAGAUGCGUACCCCAUCUAUCUCUCCUGUAAGUACAGGCCUAGAGGUAGCCACAGUGGCUGCAUCUUCCCGUGUUACUUCCCCUUCACGCUAUGGCGGCUCUCCUGACACUUGUCGAGGUUUUUUAAACCAGAUAGGUAUUCAUUUUGAGUUACAACCCCACGCCUACCCUACUGACAGGGCGAAGGUUGGAUUUAUAAUCACGUUGCUCAUUGACAAGGCACUUAGAUGGGCUAACCCCCUGUGGGAAAAUGAUAACCCGUUAGUUUACAAUUAUAAUGCUUUUGUCGCUGCAUUUAGGAGAACUUUUGACCCCCCAGGAAGAAAGGCCAAUGCAGCUAGACUACUGUUACGUCUUAGACAGUAUAACCGAACCCUCGUGGAUUAUGCGUUAGAGUUCAGAUCCUUGGCGGCAGAAGUCAAGUGGAAUGAACAGGCUUAUAUGGACGUAUUUAUAAAGCGGGUUAUCUGAUGAGAUUCUAGAUGAGGUUGCCACAAGAGAACUUCCUGAAAAUUUGGAGGAUUUGAUUUCAUUUAUUUCCCGAAUAGAUGAACGUAUGAGACAGAGGCAGAAUACUCGGGAUAGAACCCGCAGAUCCUCCAUAAGACUAGCUCCCUCAUUUCAGAGUUCUGGUUCUACUACUUUAGCUCUCCCAGAACCUAUGCAAAUAGGUAACACUCGACUCUCAGAAGAGGAAAGACAGUACAGGAGAAGGGAGGGGCUUUGUAUGUAUUGCGGAAUAAGAGGUCACCUACGCCUAAAUUGCCCUAACCGGCCGGGAAACGCUCGCACCUAAGUUUCUCAAGAGGACAGGCCUUGGGUGUUUCUAUCUUGUCCUCUAUAUAUGAUUAUAAAGAUCAUAGGCUUCUGAUACCUGUUUCUUUAGCUUGGGAAAAGGGAGUACUUAAUGCUAUGGCUUUGAUAGAUUCCGGAGCAGCUGAAAGCUUUAUUGACCAAGCCUUUGUCACUAACCAUUCUAUCCCAUCUCAGCUAAGGGAUACACCCUUGGCCGUUGAGGCCAUAGAUGGUAGACCAUUAUCUGAACCUGUUAUUUUUCGUGAAACCAUACCAAUUAAGUUAACCACUGGUAUCCUACACAAGGAAAGAAUAUCCCUCAUGCUGAUCUCAUCUCCUUCAGUUCCAAUAGUCUUGGGGUAUCCCUGGCUUAAGAAGCAUAACCCUACUAUUGACUGGGAACUGGGUGAGAUAGUCUCCUGGGGUCAGGGUUGCCAGAGAGGAUGUUUACAGAAAGUCUCACCGGUUUGCAUGGUUGACGCCCCGGUUAACUCUUCCCAAUCUACAGAUUUACAGAUACCGUCUCAGUACCUGGAUUUAAAGGCAGUCUUUGACAAAAAGAAGGCUGAUACUUUACCUCCACAUAGGUCCUUCGACUGUAAAAUUAGACUCCUGCCUGGUACUAUGCCUCCGAGGGGUACGGUAUAUCCUUUAUCCACUAAGGAGAACUUAGUCCUAGAGGAGUACAUACGUGAAAAUCUAGACAAAGGAUUUAUUAGGAGAUCUUCUUCUCCGGCCGGGGCCGGUUUCUUUUUUGUAGAUAAAAAAGACGGCACUCUACGGCCUUGCAUUGAUUAUCGGGGCUUGAAUAAGAUAACUAUUAGAAAUGCUUAUCCUAUUCCUUUGAUUACUGAGCUCUUUGAUCGACUGAAAGGCUCCAAGAUUUUUACCAAGUUAGAUCUGAGGGGAGCUUAUAACUUGGUGAGAAUUCAGCAGGGAGACGAAUGGAAAACAGCUUUCAAUACCCGUUAUGGCCACUAUGAAUACACGGUAAUGCCCUUCGGGCUUUGCAAUGCACCUGCAGUAUUCCAGGACCUAAUUAAUGAGGUUCUUAGGGAAUUUCAGCAUGAAUGCGUUAUAGUAUAUUUGGAUGAUAUACUAAUACACUCUAGAGAGAUUGAGACUCACCACAGACAAGUCAGAAGGGUACUGCGCAAACUGUUACAACAUGGAUUGUACUGCAAAUUGGAAAAGUGUAGCUUCGACCAAUCUCAGAUAAACUUUCUUGGCUACGUUAUUUCUGGAGACGGAUUUAGGAUGGACCCCAUUAAACUCCAAUCGAUUUUAGAUUGGCCAUUGCCCAGGGGACUCAAGGCCAUUCAGAGAUUUAUCGGAUUCUCCAAUUAUUAUAGGCGCUUCAUUAAAGGUUACUCUUAUAUUAUUGCUCCUAUUACCAAUAUGACUAGACAGGGUGCUGAUACCAAGACUUGGUCUACAGAGGCUCUCUCUGCUUUCAAAACACUCAAAGAACAUUUUGCCUCAGCACCGAUAUUAGUUCAUCCUGACACAUCUUUGCCUUUUCUACUCGAGGUAGACGCCUCGGAGACAGGUAUAGGCGCUAUCUUGUCCCAAAGGCUCGGUUUGGAUAAACCGUUACAUCCAUGUGGUUUUUUUUCCAAGAAAUGAUCUGGGCCUGAAAGUAGAUAUGACAUUGGUGACAGGGAACUGUUAGCGGUCAUUAUGGCUUUAAAGGAAUGGAGACAUUUGUUGGAAGGGACUUUAUACCCGGUUACUAUUUUGACGGAUCACAAGAAUUUGUCCUAUAUAGGGGAGGCCAAGCGCUUGUCCGCCAGGCAAGCUCGUUGGUCCUUGUUCCUUACACAUUUCAAUUACGUGCUCACUUAUAGACCUGGUUCUAAGAACUCUAAGGCAGAUGCAUUGUCCCGCCAACAUGAACCUUCUACGGUGUCUGAAGCAGCUUUGUCUUCUAUCGUUCCCAAGUGUAAUAUUAUUGCCAACACGUGUGUCAGGAUACACUCGCCGUUGCUUGCUGAGAUCAAGAAAGUACAACAUCUAGCUCCCAAACCUGUUCCUGGGGCUCGGUACUUCGUUCCUCCUGAGCUCCAAGUGGAACUGCUGCAUUGCUUUCAUGACAGUAAAGUUGCUGGGCACCCCGGCAUACGCAAAACGUGUUCCCUGAUUUCUAAAGAUUUCUGGUGGCCUUCUUUUCGUAAGGAUAUAAGGGAUUUCGUCGGGGCAUGUGCUGUCUGUAUGAAGACUAAGCAACCUCAUGCGCUCCCAUGUGGGCUUUUGCACCCCUUAGAAAUUCCCGAGAGACCAUGGUCCUGUUUGGCUAUGGACUUCAUUGUCGAUUUGCCUGUUUCUAAAAAACAUACUGUUAUUCUCACGGUGAUUGACAGGUUUACUAAAAUGGCUCAUUUCGUGCCCUUGCCUAAACUGCCCUCGUCUCCCGAAUUAGCUGAGAUAUUCGCGAGGGAGAUUUUUCGUUUACAUGGUAUUCCCUCUGAAAUUGUUUCUGAUAGAGGUUCCCAAUUUGUUUCCCGCUUUUGGAAGUCUUUCUGUUCUCACUUAGGCAUCAAGUUGAAUUUCUCAUCUGCCUACCAUCCCCAGUCCAACGGAGCUGCCGAACGCACCAACCAAAAGAUUGAACAAUAUUUGCGUUGUAUUGUUUCUGAACACCAGGACGAUUGGGUUGGUCUGAUUCCUUGGGCAGAGUUUGCGCACAACAAUCUCGUUUGUGAUUCUACUCGUUCUAGCCCCUUUUUCUUGAAUUAUGGCUUUCAUCCUUCCAUUCUUCCGUCGGUUUCCCCUUCCCAAGGGGUACCGUCGGUUGAUGUUCAUGUCGCCAAUCUGAGAAAGUUGUGGGAUCAGACUCGACUAAUUCUUCUUCAGAAUUCCAUGAUGUUCAAACGACACGCUGACAAACGGAGACGGGUGGCUCCGGUUUUUGCCCCGGGUGAUAAGGUGUGGUUGAGUACCAGAAACAUCCGCUUGAAGGUUCCUUCCAUGAAAUUUGCCCCUCGUUACAUAGGCCCUUACAAGGUUCUGUGUCGGAUUAACCCGGUUGCGUAUCGUCUUGCCCUUCCGCCUGCCCUGCGCAUCCCUAACUCUUUUCAUGUUUCUUUGUUGAAGCCUUUGGUUUGUAACAGAUUUUCCUCCGCUGAGUCCUCUCCUCUCUCUGUCCAGGUUGAGGGUCAGGAGGAAUAUGAAAUCAAAUCCAUUCUCGAUUCUCGUAUUUCUCGGGGGAAGUUGCAAUAUCUUGUUGACUGGAAGGGGUAUGGGCCUGAAGAAAGGUCUUGGGUGGGCCAUGAAAAUGUGCAUGCCCCUCGUCUCCUCCGGGCAUUUCAUGCUCGUUUUCCGUCUCGCCCCGGUUCCUUCCGCCCGGUGGGCGUUUCUGAGAGGGGGGGUACUGUCAGGUUACCUUUGGUGUCUACCUCGGAGGAGGUUAGACACCUAGACGUCCAUCCUCCUAGGGGGGCUGACUCACCCGAUCCUCGCAGUCCUCCCGGCCGUUUACACGCCGGCCGCGAUAGCUCCGCCUCCUUUUAUGACGCGGCGCUCAGUAGCCGACGUCAUGACGGCAAUCACGUUCCGACCCGUCAAUCACGGCAACCAAGUGCCGAACAACGAAUCAGGACUCGUUGGGGGCGGGGCCAACAGUUAAAGAGCCAAGGUAUAAAAGAGGGUUUUGUGGAAUGAUUCAUUGCCCUGUCGUGGUUCUAGCUAGUCUGGUCACUCAGUGCUCUUACCUCUAUUGUCUUUUGGUUCCUGACUCGGCUUGUAUUUUUGACCCUGCUUCCCUCUCUUGUCCUUUUGACUCGGCUUGUCUCUCGCUUACCUACUCUCUCGUUCCCUCGACCUCGGCUUGUCUCUGACCAUUCUUUGCUUUCUCAUUACGUUAGUCCGGCCAUUCUAAGGUCCGGUAUACGUACCUAUCUCCUGUUUGUAUUCUGCGUGUUGGAUCCCUGUCACGAUCCUGACAGGGGGCCCGAGAGCUGUACACAAGAUGGCGGGUGCCAUGCACACAAGAGGCAGGGGGAAGACCAACUUCCUCCCCGCGACCAUGGAUGGUGAAGUGGCUCCUGCCUCCCGACCCAGCAAUAAAGCAAGGCAGAGGAACACUUGCCUCAACCCGAAGCCAACCAAGCCAACACCAAACUGCACAAGCGUCCCACAUGAGAGGACAAUGGCGGCGGCACAGAGGGGCCGGAACACAGCACAAUAACCAUCCCUGCCUGGGCAUGAAGAAAAGCAAGACACGUAUUGGAAAUUUGCCCAUUGGCUUAUGCAAAUGAUGUAGUUUCACUAUUGGUUAGCAAUAGUGAACUGACGCUAAAUAUUAAAAAGAAUUACAUCAUUUCAUACUAGCUAACAGGGAUCCAUGGAACGCAGGUAUAAGCAGACACUGGAAGAGCGGGCAGCUCUAAACGAAAAUGAAGACUGAAAAAGAAUGAAAAACUGGUGAUGUGAAGGGAACAAAAAAAAGCUUGCGGUGCCCAUCAUCAUAACCACAUGAAAAGGAUGUUGUUGUUUUUUUAAAUCACGUAUUUAAUACGCAUAGAAGAGGUUUGUUUGUUUUUGUGUUUAGAACAUAUAGACCGUUUUAGAUGAGGUGAAAGGAUAAGUUUCAGUGAUUCCAUUUUGCUGAUGUGUUGGGUAUCUCUGAUGGAAACCUUGUAAAUGUCUUUUCUCCAAAAAUAAAAAAUGUUUUUUGCUUUGUUUUUUAUUAUCAUAUUUGUUUACAUUUGGUAAGUCUGACUCAAAUGGCCUUUUUACUGCUCUCCCAUUUUAUAAGUUCUGCUUCUCGAAUCACAUUCUUGGGAACUUUGAAGAUCAGCAGACAACGUUAAUCUCAAUUAGUGUGAUUGUGACAGCUGUGUACUGUGUUUGUGAGUCCCUUUGUUGCUUAUGAUUAAUGGGCAAGCACAACCUCUGCUAUUGCUGUGGAAAAACAUGAAUAUCGCAAGUAAUACUACUGAGAUAUAUAUUUUUUAUUUCCUAUUAUCACAUUAUCUAGUUCUUAAAUGCUGGUUUCGUCUUCAAGUAAGAAAAAAAUGCUUUUUUCUUUUUGUUGGAUUCUGGUGUAUUUCUGCUCUGGUCAGAGGUGGAGACCUGUCGGACAAGUGCCAUCUUGAGCGUUUUUUAGGUAAACCUUUUUUAAAUGAUUUAACCUUUUAAUGGUAAAACAUCUAGGCACUAAAACAACUUUAUUGAGAUGAAUAGCUAGCCAGUCUAUUAAAACUACCCUUAUCAAUGAAUCCAUGGUGUCAGGAUACAUACCCAAACUUUGGAAGACUGCAAAAGUAGUACCUAUCCAUAAAAAUGGUGGCAAUACUUUGAUAUCUAACUAUUGCCUGAUAUCAUUGCUCCCAGUAUUGUCAAAAAUCUUGGAAAAAUGCGUCCACAUGCAACUAUGUGAAUAUUAUCAACAAUCAAAUUAUCUGACCCCUGAUUUAUCAGGCUUUUGUCAAAAUCACUCAACUUCAACUUUCCUCUUAAAAGUUUGCAAUGACCUCCAAAUUGGCAUGGAACAAGGAGAUUUAACUGGAGCUAUUUUCCUUCAUUUCGCCAAGGCUUUUGACACAGUAGACCAUGGCAUUCUUUUGCAAAAACUUAAAACGUAGGCAUUGGUGAUCAUCCGCUAACCUGGUUUCGAUAAUAUGUUUCAGACCGAUUGCAAUAUGUGGCCAUUUCUGAUAACGCCUCCCUCUUUCAGUCACGUGUGCUGUUCCCCAAGUAACCAUACUCUGCCCCCUGCUAUUCACAUUAUUUAUAAAUGAUCUGCCUAACGUCUGCAAAUCCUCAACUGUACACAUGUAUGCAGACAUCACUGUAAUCUACGCUAGUAAACCCAAUCUACCGCAGUUUGAGGCUGUGUUACAAAAUCUAUUCACAGAGGUAAAAAAGUGGAUAGCAGUUAACAAACUCUUCCUAAACACUGAAAAAAUUGUUACAAUGAUCUUUGGAACUGUACCUAAAUUAUGUUAACUACAAAAUCAACAACUGUGUAUCAGAUCAAAUUCAUCAGUAGGUGUGUUGCUAGACCCCAAGCUAUUCUUUGGCCUUCACAUUGAAAAACUCUCUUUGAAACUCUAUCCAAAACCAGGUGCCCUGCACAGAAACAAAUCAUGCCUAAGCCCUACAGUAAGGAAACAGAUAGUUCAACAAAUGCUAAUGCUGGUCAUUGAUUAUGGGGAUGUCGUGUAUGCACCUGCAUCUCAAACCCACCUUAAUACGUUAUAUAAUUCGUUCUGCCACUUUGUACUAGAAUGUAAUUACUUUACCCACCAUUGUGACAUGUUAAAAGCGUUAAACUGGCUAUCGAUGGAAUCCCGAUGCACUCUUCAUCUUUCCAGCCUUGUGCAUGAGAGCUUUUCUGGGAAGCUCCCACCCUACCUGAGUAGAAUGCUCUCCCCAGCUGUUCCCACCUCCUAUAACUUCCAAUCCAGUACUAGCACGAUAUCUAGCAUACCACAAUACAAAAAUAAAGUGGCUCGAUUCUCAGUUUCCUACAGAGCAUCACAAUUAUAGAAUAACCUCAGUGACACAGUCAAAUCUUCAUUCAAUCUAAUUCUCCAUUCUCUAAAAAGACAUCUAUGGAAAUAUAACUCAGCACAGAAUGCACCUGUCAUGGUUGAAUAUAUUUAUUACCUGUUAUGUGUUAAAUUUAUAUAUGUGUGUAUUUAUGUGUGUGUGUGUGUGUGUGUGUGUGUGUAUGUAUAUAUAUAUAUAUAUAUAUAUAUAUAUAUAUAUAUAUAUAUAUAUAUAUAUAUAUAUUUUGUAUUAUAUUUUUUGUAAUAUUGUAUCCUGCUGUAACAAAGCAAUGUUUUGUGGACCCAGGACAUACUUGGAAACGAGAGAAAUCUCAAUGUAUCCAUCCUGGUAAAAUGUUUUAUAAAUAAAUAAUAAAAAACAUAAAUAGUGUAACAUUGUAUGUCCCCAAAAAGUAGAUAUUGGUAAUUAUUGCACUCACAAAAGUACGUGAAAUUCAGGCACGUAGUAAGGCUUUAGCGUGUGCGUCCUUCUUGCAUCCUCUUUUCACUUAUUCAAUACAUAAAGGGAAAUGGAAAGGGACAAACACACAACGGUCGUGCCGCAAUAAAAUCAAUAAAAUAACACUAUACAAGUUCCAAAGCCCUAUGCGUUUUGUCCAAUGUGGGACUUCCUCAGGGCAUCCUACAUUAGACGAAACGCAUAUGGCUUUGGGACUUCUAUAGGGUACUUUUUUGUUUUUAUUUGAUUUUAUUGCUGCAUGACUGUUCCUGUGGACUCUUGUAUCGGCCUGGACAGCAGGAGCUUGUUGACGUGCCUUACUUGAACUUUUAUCUUGUGAGUGUAAUCUUAAUAAAGUCAUUCUUCGGGUUUAAAUUGUGCCUUAGUUGACCGAGGUUGCAGAUUUUUUUGCUCAACUUAAUCGAAUCUCCAAGUUACUACUUCACUCUCUUGCUAAACCACAUGCUAAUUAGUAAAUCUUUGAAGGUAGAUUAGUGUUAUUUCAUUUGUCAUGUCAGAUAGGAAGAUAAUGUAUAGGGGCCUUAACAACACAUAGCAUGAAUUAUGAAGCAUUCUUCUACUAUCGUACCAAAGCAAAAGUUUUAAAACUUCACUUUACAGACUGCAUUUGGAAUAUGUAGCAUACUCCUGUUCUUGAAAUGUCUCCUAUGUUAGCUUCAACAAUCUUGAUAGUGGAAAGCUCCAUCUGGGGAUCACCUUCCUCUGACUCGUUUCUCUUGCAAAAAGUGCAGUGAAACAUUUUCACAUGAUUCCCUACCUGUCUAUUCUCUCAGCUGUGCACGCAAAAUCAAAAGAAAUUAAGCAGUUCUGUCACUUGCGAGGUCUCUACGUGUUUUUGUACCCUCCCGGGAAACAUUUCUGCUGGAUGGCAGCACUUGAUAUACAUGUUGGGGAUAACUACUCACCUCAAGCUUUCCUCCCUUGGUGUCACCAUCUUCUUUUGCUUCUCUGACAUGCCAAGAACUGAGACACAUUUCUAAUUCUUGAAUGCAUAUGGUGGUAUGUAACAGCGAGCUUUGGUUAUGCACUCUUGUGCGUUCUCGAUAGUAAAAAAACAGGAUCUGUGUUAGAUCCAUCACAUCAUUCAUGUGCAAGGAGAUGGAAUAGAUGUCUGGCAAAGCUUUAAAUUUUGUCCCAAGUGAUGGCUAAUGGAAAAAGACAAAGCAGUUGUAAAGUAAUAAUAUUCUGAUUUUGCCAUUUCCUUAGGCACACAUAGAUACAUUUUGAUUUUACUUGAAUUUCAGUGAGUCUCCAAUACAAAAUAGUCUGUCAUAUAGUCUGCAUCAAAUGCUCUUUGUCUUUGAAUAAGGUAUUUGGAUAAUUAAUAUAAUGAUGGCUAAAAUUUUGUUUACUGUUAUAUCUCAUAAACUUACCAUUGCAAUUGCUCUUUUAUAUAUAUAUAUAUAUAUAUAUUUUUUAAAUAUCAGGAAGUAUUACUUUACUGAGAGGGUAGUGGAUGCAUGGAAUAGCCUUCCAGCUGAAGUGGUAGAGGUUAACACAGUAAAGGAGUUUAAGCAUGCGUGGGAUAGGCAUAAGGCUAUCUAACUAUAAGAUAAGGCCAGGGACUAAUGAAAGUAUUUAGAAAAUUGGGCAGACUAGAUGGGCCGAAUGGUUCUUAUCUGCCGUCACAUUCUAUGUUUCUAUAUCCAAAACUUACUCUUCUCAAUUGCCUUCUCAAUUUAGUCCGCACUAUCCUCUUCUUAUAUCACACAUUUUUAAUUUGCUUAUAACUUUAACCUCGCCUGAAGGACGGCUUUGUGAGUACUUUAUCCUGUAUGCCUAAGUAUUUGUCAAUGGCUAGUAUGCUUUUUAACCAAAUUAAAAACAUUGAUUAAACAAAUAUGUACUCAUAAAGCUUUAAUGUUAGCCUAGUUAUUUGGAUUAUUGUGCCUCCCAGAACUUUAAAAAUCCACAGGGAAGCAUUGGGAGGUUAGUGUGAAUGUGCAGCAAAUCACUGCGUUGUGCCAGUAAACGCCUCAGUGAGAUGCAUUGUGUCGGAGCAUAGAGAAGCUGAACGUUAGUACUGCAGACGUGGCAGGACCGAAACCAGGAAGGCACCAUUAACACUGAUGAAGCCGAAUAGUUAGUCUCUAUAGCCUAGAACCACUACAUGAAGCUGUUGUUGGUCUGGUGCUUAUGGUGUCUAUUUAAUAAUGAUAAAGAGCCCCAACCAACAAAAUUAUGAAUGGAUAAAGUGUUACUAAAAUAAUUUAGUUUAUCCUAUAUACCCCAUCAACUCAUGUUUAAUGUAAAAAAAAUAAAAACAAAAUAGAGAAGAAAAAAAAUAAAUACUACACAUUGGUGUAUUUUCUAUAAACUUUUUGAGCUCUACCAGUACCACUAUUAAAUAAUACAUGUUCUAGGUGUCUCCCAAAAUGAUGAAGAGCCAACCAAUCGCAAUGUUCUGACAGGCAAGUCUCUCCUCUUUCUAAACACUUGCCUAGUAAUGUGCAUAGAUGUAUGUUUGUUUUUUUUUUUUUAUAGUAACCCUUUAACCUCCAUCCCUAUACCACUAGCUUGCUCCCCUCCCUCAACAUGUCACUUACCGAUUUUCUUUCAUUGCAUGUGACUUGCUGUAUUUACUUCUAAUAUCUACCUUCAUGUUGCUUGCAUGCUUCACUUCCUGCAUUUCAUUGUUGCUGUCUUCAUUUCACUUGACCAUCUACCUCCCUGAAUGUUACUGGUCCUCUUCGAUUUAAUUUACUUACCUACUCUCCUCUAAAGUGUCACUUAAUCGAUACUUCCUGGAAACGGCUGCUAUUAAAUUUUCCUUUGCUGUCUACCAAUGGUCUAUAUUUUUAUCAAAAUCCUCUCCUGCAAUAGAACCAGAUCUCAUCAAAUCUACAGCGCUUGGAGGUUCUUGAGGCCAGGUUUUGAGAAUCUCUACUAAAACAUAUGAAUAACCAGCAGCCUAUGUUUAUAUGUGUGUUUUUGUAGACUGCACAAUAUAAUGAUCUUUUUCAGCCUUUCUUCAUUUUGCGCUUUCAUCAUUUUACAUUGCCCUCUCUGUGCCCGACCAUAAGAAUUUUCACGGUGACAGUCUUUGUAGUGAAAAUAUAUUGCUCGUAAAAGUUAUGCAUCUUGAGUAUACAUUAUAUUGUGAAGUGGCAGCAGAAUCCCGCUUUUUGAGUCAUAUGUUCCAUUCCUCUGAGAGAUUGGGCUUCUGCACUAAAACAUUUUUUUUUUUUAAUGAGAUUUCUCUCUUCGGUACAAAGAAAACCUGAAAAAAUAGAGCACAAUCUUUUUGUUGACUGUUUUCUUCGUUCUCUAGAUGCCCGAACGUUCACUUUGUAGGGUCUGAAGUCUUUUAAUCUUGCAAGCUACAUUUCGUGCUGCAGCAGAUGUCUGUUGAUACUAGCUUCUGUAUAAUGAUUUUAGAUUUAAUGUGUUGGGGACAGUGCACAACUUUAUUUAAAGUAACAAUCAAGGAUUUUUUUUUAUUUUUUUACUCUGAAAGAAUGCAGUAGGAACAAAGCAAGGGUAGACCCUUUUGCACAGACGUUCGCUUGCACACAGCCAGAACCAAGCCAUGAGUGCCAUUUGCACCCGAGCCUCUCCCGAUUUAGGAUUAUGGCACUGGUCGUUUAAAUUUCCUGCAGCCUUCUUGAUGUAAAGUAACUCCAGCCAGUUAGUAUGAGUAUAGUUCCCGACCCCUAACCAUUACACUCGUCAACCUCCUGAACCUAUCUGGACACAGAGGGUGAACAUGAUUGAAUGGAAUGACUGCCUUCACUGUAUUAAGCAAUCGAGGGACCACCGAACGUUUGUACAUAAUGUGUGGUGUAAUAAUAUAGCCGCAGGUUCAAAGGCCGUCAGGUCGUCUAAUAACUGGUAUAGAUUUCCCUACCAAACCUCUCAACCAGGGUGCAUUUAUGCAGUAAAGUGCCUUCCACCGUACCAAAGCUGCAGAACAACGGGGACUGUGUCAAGCCACGGGCAUGGAGAGUUGCUGGAACUUGGUGCCAUCUUGUGCAGGUUGAUAAGAAAUCUUCUUCAACCAUACCGAAAGAGACAUUGUAUGGAUCUUGGUCCUGUCUUUGUCUAUUAAGGUGACAUGACAUGCAAUUCCACCUCCCACCUAUUUGUGCAUAAAAAUUAGGUGUCUUCCCCUACCCCACUCCCCCCGCAUGUAAAAAUAAAAUAUUUCUCCAAUGCCAUGUGCCUCCAGGAUGACGGUCCAGUCCAGUGCUUCUCUUCAUUGAGAAACUUAGUUGCAUGCUCUGUGCUCGCCGCUAUGCACCUAGAAUUUCUCCAUAGAUUAUCAUUGCAUUCAGUGAUUAUCUUUGGCUUACAGCAACGGCACUGCGCAUGUGUGCACGACAUCAUUUUAUGUUAUACCCAGUGGACUUGGAGGUGUGACUUGAAGCCAUGGCUUCCGUUUAGUGAAAAAAAAAAAAAUGAACACCUUUGGGGUGUAGGAUGGGGGUGGGUAAGAUAGGGAUGGGAGCAGCAGGACUGCAGGCACUAUAACAACUUCAAUAAUAUGAAGUUAUUUAAGUACCUACAAUGUUCCUUUAAUCAACAUAAUAAUCAAAAGACACAGCACUGACCUGUCCAAGCAAGAAAGACAUUGAUACUCCCAUUUACGGAAAUAAUUCACAAUUGCAAAGAAAAUGGGAGAGAAGAUUGCCUGGAGUCACACGAAAGGAUCCAAUGUGAGCCAAAGUUCUAUGUACCAUAUCUUGGGAUGAAAACCCAAACUCUGUAUAGAUGUAUAUGUCAAACUAUAAAUAUUGUACCAUUGUUCAGAUGUGCAAGGAAGUACAACUAUAGAAAUCAGUGAGGAUUGGUGGGGUAAACAUAUCACAAGAAAAUUGAUGCAGAUUUUCACUAGACUAUAAGCUGCUUUUGAUUGGGGCUGCAUCAACUCUUAUUCCUGUUUAUCAUUCUAUUUUGUCUACUUUUUGUACAGUGCUGUGGAAUAUGCAACAGUGUAUAAAAGCAAUAAUUUAUGAGAUAUGGAUACGUAUUUAAAUAGUCCUUACAAUUACCAGACAUACAAACGGGACAUAUACCAUAUACAUAUAAUAUUGUUGUUAUGAAAAAUAUAUAUCUACUUUAUCGAUUUGCAUCAUUGCUUUAAGAAAGCUUUGUGUUGUAAUUUUCCUACGUGGCAUGCGAGUAGUGAUAACUAUCAAGGCAGACGAAUCAAGGAGAAAUGUGUUGAAAUGAAGCUAAACCAGUUGAGAAUAUAUAUUCAAUAUUUUGCUAACAAAACCCUAGAACAUAUAAACCGUAAACCACACAAGUAGAUUUUCUGUUUAGUUCAUUAGCUAACACAUUUUAUCAGGUAUUUCCACUUAAUCCGUUUAUUGCCAAGCUAUCCUUGCUGUUAUUGAUUUAUUGUAAAUGAACUAUCGAUCCAGAUAAUGGCAUAAAUUUGCAAUAAAGUACUGUUUCUAAUCACUUGAACGAGGAUUACUGUGUGUUUCUCGGUAAAUAUACCAACCGGUUUCAUUUAGCCUCAAAUAUAGGAAGAAAUCUGAAGUGAAACAUGUAUUCAAAUUGUCAUACGUCAGGUGGUCAAGUAUUUAGGAACACUAUAUUGUCAGGAAUACAAACAUUUAUUCCUGACACUAUAGUGUUGAACUAAUUUUGUGACGCCCCCUCUGAUUGCUUGGCAAAGGUGAUUUCACUCAGCUUAUAUUUCCACACUGUGCAAGUCUUGCUGCGGCUUGCGUUGCCUUACCUCUGCUGAGAUCAUCACAGAUAAUAAACUCCGUCAAUCCAAUACUUGUCCAUAGGAAAGCAUUUGGAGGAUAUUGCAUUAAACGCUGCACCAAUCAGCAUUUUCUCAUAGAGAUGCAUUGACUGCAUCUGGACUAGGAAGCAAACCUAGUUGUUGUCUAAGUGAUUGUCGCUAGAAGUGUUAGAAGGCAGCAUUGUGAACACUGAGUUUUCUCUGAAAAGGCACCAUUUACAGUGUUCAGGCUAUAGACACAACGACCACUACAUUAAGCUGCAGUGGUUCUGGUGACUAUAGUGUCCCUUUAAGACAAGUAUUCAAAUAUUCAACAAUUCGUGACUCCAAACAAUGGCCUGCUUCACUGCACAUAUUGCCUCCCCUUUCCCAAUAGUAAGUAUUACUAACGUGUACUGUGGCUAGAGUGGUUCUUUUUAAUUUUUUAUUACAUUUAAUUUUAGUUUUUCAUUUUCACAGUAUUACAAAUAUAUGCAUUACAACAUAUACAAUUUUAGUUUUUUUUUGUUUGUUUUUACAUGUAUCUCAUAAUGAAGCAUCAAUUAAAGGGACACUAUAGUCACCCAGUCCAUUUCAUUACAAUGAAGUGGUCUGAGUGCAGUGGCCCUCUCCUUUUUAACCCUAGAAUGUUAAACAUUGCAGUUUUUUAUUUAUAUAAGAUGUACUUCCCUGCACUGUCCGAGUAAUGCGGAAGCACCUUCCUAUGGGAAACUUGAAUGCAGAGAGCUCACUGCGCAUGCACAUUACCUCCCAAUGCUUAUUUGUUUUAGGGGGCGAGGGGAUGAGACCUUAAUUCUAAUAGGGACAAGUAUUUGUGUUUUUUUAUGUAUGUCAAGCACAUUCUUUUUGUUUUGUACAGUUUGAUAAUUGGUUAGAUUUAGAGUGAUAUUGACCUAGAAUGUUGCUGCUGAAGAUAUAUUAUUGUUAUGUAUUACAUGACGCCAGGUUACUGUAGCACUGAGUACAGGCAUUGUUAGUCAGACAGAGUGCAAUGCAAUGUUUGAGUCAUGCUGGGUUAAUAACAUCACACAUCGCAUAGGUUCAUUAGCAGUCUCUACAAGUAGCACCUGCUAUUAACUAUAACACAGUAGUGGGUAAUGGUUUGUAAAAAAAAAAAUACUAUUACUAAUACUAUUCUACUAUACUAUAUUUGACUGUAAUUGUUAUUGUGCUUAUAGAUGCUUGGAUUUUUUUUUUUUUUAAUUAUACAAUAUUUUUCUACAAACCAAUGAGAAAUAGAGCAGUAUUAUUACUGUUUUAUCCUUUUUUUAUUAUUAUUUAUUUUUGUGUUUUAACUGUUCAAUUUUUGUAUUCUAGGUAGUGGUUCAACUGAGGAGUUUUUCCGCCUAAUGAAUCGUCAGUUCACAGAGAAGGAAUGGUGUACAAUUAAGAGCAUGAACUGCGAUAGGAGCCGGCUAGACAUGUUCUACAGACACUGGGUAACUACAUGUUCUAAAGCCAAAACAAGAAAUAUUGCUUAUAAAUAAGAUGAUAUACAUGUAUGUGUUGCAUGCAUAGGCUGGCACGGACUGUUUCUAUUAGCGGGCAGCCAAUGAUAGGCUGAAGCAUCAGCUGAUGCUCUCAGCCUAUCUUCCUCGGCCCGACAAACCUUCCUCAUUCUACAGCAGCUAUAAGAAGACAGAUCAAAGGUUAAUCUGUAGCAAAACCGUUUAAUCCCGGAUUAUAAGACCGCAUCUGGACACUUCUGCCCCCAUAAUAACUUCUAUGAGCUGACAUUGUUAAACCCAAGAGCAACACUAUGUAAGCUGGGUGCUUUUCAGCCCUGUUGCAGGUGUUCUGUGAACAGUCCUCCGGCACACCUAGACACAAUGCUUUUACCUUAAUGGUCUCAUUUUUUCCUCAGUCAGUCAGUAACAUAUCUCUCUAAAUCCAUGAAUUUAAUUUGUUCAUCUUUCAAGCAGCUAAUCCUGGAUGGUUAUAAGAAGAAAAUGUGUAGUUGCUUUUCCAAAGAAGCUUCGGAGUAAGCGAAAACAGCUGUAGUGUCAUCCUUUUUAUCAUGGUUUCAAUCCAGUCUCCAACAGACGUUUCUGGAUAUAUGCUUAGUUGCAAUUUAGCCAGCCCAGUCAACUCUGUCUCCUGAGCCAGUGACAAGAUCACUACAAAAAAGGCAAUAAAGAGAAAUGUUGGGAAUAUCCUGAUUCCAGUUAAUAGGCUCAUCAUCCAAAUUAUCAACAGAUUUAAAAAUGUAAUGCUAAAAAGGUAUUUGUCACAAAACGUUUUUUACAUGUAAGUUAAAGAAGAAGACUGUAAGGAAUUAGAAGAUCUCCCUAAAGUGGAUGUGCCUUUUUGCACAGUUGGGGAAAAAAGACCACCCUACCUAUAGGACAGGGGUCAGCAACUCAAGGUGUCUUUGCACGGCACUCAAGGCUGCCAGAGCCAAACAGGCUCUUGCCUAUAAGGACUCCUUAGUGCAAACUAAGUGGUGAGGGGCAAGUAUCAAUUUAGGCAUUGCAUCACUUAGUAGAAGUAAUCUCGGAUCACAUCAUCCAAGAACUUGUGAACAGGAAUUUACACUGGAGUAGAGCAGCCCACAGAAGCUAUUGCAGCUCCUGCCCUUGAUCUAUAUCUGUCCAGCCUAUUCCCCACUGUACUCCAGGGAAGCCACCACAUUCCUAGAUAUACACAGAGCUGGAGAAGAAGCUGUACCCUCAUACAAAUAAAAACAGCCCACAUACAAACAUUGCAUCACCACAAGAACACUGAAAAUCCACCUACACUCUCACACACACACACACACACACAACCCCACAAGCAGCCUCUCACAUACAAUACCUCAAGCAGCCCAACACAUACACACACCAAACACACAAUGUGACAUAUCAUCCAGACACACAAUUCCACAAGCAGCCCCCAUACACAGCCCGUAUUCAUUGGUAUCAUAUAUCACACUACCACAAACUACUCAUGAACAUAUAUACUGUACGAUAUAACAGCCCAUAUGCAUACACAUUCAACAUUACAAAGCAACUACAACACCUAUAAAUAACACAAGUACAAUAUGGAAACCUCAAUUUAAAAAAAGAGGAUCGGCACACCAAGAGACUUCAAACUCUUAUUUUGGCACAGUACUACUGAAAGGUUGCCUACCCCUGCUAUAGGAGAUUCCGGUGGACCACCAGGUGCAAUGAACCAAAAGUGCGUAAUCUACAUUAAGGAAGAUAUUUUCUACAAAUGCAGCUCAGCGUAAAGCCCUUAUGCCAGGAGCUUCAGUAGAGAAAACCCAAAUAUUACAAUGGCAUCUGAUUUUCUAGCAGAUUCUAUUUCAGAAGCACUGGUUAAAUCCAUGGGGCUCUCUACAGUUGCCGUAAGAGUGGUGUGGCUUUGGAACUGGGUGGUGGAUUCAGCAUCAAAAUAUUCCAUGUGUGACCUGCCAUUUUAGAUCUCAACUUGACGAUCUUCUUAAACAAGAUGGUAGAGCAGAGGGUAAAUAAAGCUCUACUGGAAGGGGGAAAAGGAGAGAUGGAAUUCAACAGAAAUAAACCCACGUAUAGAGAAUCUAUCAUAGAUAACAUUUUGAUUAUAGGCGUAAACAUAAAGGAAAACUCAUGGGUAAACCAAAAGACCGUAAUUUCUGAUGCCAGGGCUGUAGAUGAACUACUUCAUUGAGAAAACAUCACCAAAGACGGCUGGGUUCUAAUACAAUUCAACAGUAUUCCUUUAUGAAGAUAUGUGUUCUUUGGUUCAGUCACACAGGACAGCAUCAACCCUAAAUAUUGAAGUUCAGAAUCUGCUAAAAAAAAGUGUGAUAGAAAAAGUUCAACAUACAGAAUACUUCACAGGAACUUAUUUAAGGCUUUUUUGGUUUGAAAAUCAGACUGGUCUUUCAGACCUAUUUUAAAAAAGUAAAUCUUUACAUUGCAAGGAAAAACAUUUGUAUGAUAACCAUUCAGUCAGACACUCUUGUUAUUCAAGACGGACACUGGUUGAGUUCCUUAGAUCUGUGUUACAGAAUGAGACAGUCUUCUUUACCAUUUCAUAGCCCUUGCUUUUAGUCUCUCCUCAGCUCGUGUCUUUUCCAAAGUUCUAGUGGUCAUUACAGCUGCCUUACGAAAGGAACGUCUCCAUUUAAUUACAUUUUGUGGACGACUAACUGUUAAAGGGACACUCAAGGCACCCAGACCACUUCUGCCCAUUGGAGUGGUCUGGGUGCCGACUCCCACUACCCUUAACCCUGCAAGUGUAAUUAUUGCAGUUUUCAUAAACUGUAAUAUUUACCUUGCAAGGUUAAGUCCUCCUCUAGAGGACACUUACGUGUUCAUAGAACACGAAAAGUUUGUUCUACGACGCUGCACGUCCUCACGCUAUGUGAGUAAAUCCAGCGUCGCUGAAAUCCCCAUAGGAAAGCAUUGAAAGCAUUGUUCAAUGCUUUCCUAUGGGGAGAUCUAAUGCUCAUGCACAUUAGGUUACCCCUGCCGCCAACCGCGCAUGCGCAAUAGGGGGAGGAGCGUAGGCGGAGCCUGACCCAGCGCCGAGGGACAUUGGCGCUGGAUACAGGUAAGUCACUGAAGGGGUUUUAACCCCUUCAGCAACUUGGCACUGGAGAGUCCCUUUAAAGGCAGACACAGAAGAGCAACUUCAAAAAUAUAUCAGGAGAGGCUUUACAUGUCCACAACUACAUGGAUGGAUUCUGAACCUGGAAAAAUCAGGACUUUUUCUCUCCAGAGAAUCAAUUAUUUUUGUUCUAUUUAUUAAAGAUUUUUUUUUCCCACAGAGAAGAAGAAAAACUCCUUAACUUCACUGGAAGGAAAGGAAACAUAGACAAUAAUAGAAGCUACGCGAGUGAUGGGCCUUUUCACUUAAUCCAUUCUACCUGUCAGCUGGGCCACGGCAAGACUGCAGCCCUUACAACGAAAUAUUCUAGCAGAAUGAGACAGUAAAAAGAAUUUUGGAUUAUGAGGAUGGAAAAACUCCCAAUGACUGUCAGAAGCCAUGUGAUAAUCACUACAGAAGUUUCUUCCUUCAGUUUGGGAGCACAUUUGGAAAAAUCUUGACAAAAGAUCAGUAGACCUCUUGAAAUUCCAGGAAAUCUUUAAAUUUCAGAGAACUCAAAACUUGGAUGGCACUGAAGAGUUGUUAAAAUUCAUUUUCAGGGACACAGUGUUCAAGUAACAUUGAACAGUGCUGUGACAAUAGCUUAUAUAAACAGACCGGGACAAAUUCAAUCUUCUUCCCUAGCAGGAUUAUGCUCAGGAUUAUGCAGUGGUCGAAACUUUACCUUAUUUCACUGAUAGCGGUCCAUAAAAAUGUAAGGGUAAACAUUUUAACAGGUGCCUUGAGCAGGAAUAUUUUAAAGCAAGGCGAUUGCUUUUUGACUCCAAAGACCUUCCAGAAUAUAGUGGAAAAAUUCAGGAAGCCAUAUUAUUAUUUUAUUAUUUAUACAGCGCCAACAAAUUACGUAGCACUGUACAAUGGGACUCUCCAGUGCCAGGAAAACAAACGGUUUUCCUGGCACUGCAGAUCUUCUCUCCCUCCAACCUCCCAUCCCAAGUUGCUGAAGGGGUUAAAACCACAGAGAUGGGAUACCAUAGAUAGACAUUAUGGCCUCAAUUCAGAAUCCAUCCAUGUAGUUGUGGACAUGUAGAGCCUCUCCUGAUAUAUUUUUGAAGUUGCUCUUCUGUGUCUGCCUUUAACCCCUUAAGGACACAUGACAUGUGUGAUAUGUCAUGUUUCCCUUUUAUUCCAGAAGUUUGGUCCUUAAGGGGUUAAAGGGACUCUCCAGUAAACAAAUGGUUUUCCUGGCACUGCAGGUCCCCUCUCCAUCCCACCUCCAAUCCCAAGUUGCUGAAGGGGUUAAAACCACAGAGAUGGGAUGCCAUAGAUAGACAUUAUGGCCUCAAAAAUAAACCGAAAGGUCAAUGAAUUUGCCUCAAUCGACAAAUCAAAGCAUCCAGACUUUCUAGACACUCCGUCACUUACCUGGGAGUUUCGUCUAGCAAACAUCUUUCCUCAAAUACUGUUAAUUCUAAAACCUUUGCAGAAGGACAUUUGGACAAAUCAAGUCAUUGUCAUUAUUCUAUUCUGGCACCACAUGAGCUGUUUUUUUUGUUUGUUUUUUUAUUGAUGGACCUUUCUAAGAGAAAUUUCUUGCACCUUGUACCAUCAGAAAAAAAACGCAAUACAAUCUAAUUCCUCUGCACCUUGAAAACAUUCAAUCUCACACUGUGGUAUCUGAACCGCAAAAUUCUAAAAACUAAGUUUAAGCCAUGAAGUGAUUGAGAUAGUAGUGGCUACCAAGAUGGAAUCCACAAGUAUUGUCUGCUCCAGAAUUGCAUAAAAAAACUUAGUAUUGCCUUAAUUUUAAUGAGAAUCUGUAUCUGUUUCUGCACACUGCAUUCUGCAAUUUUGAAAAUGUUUUACGUCCUGCUUCGUUGGGAGUUUACGUUUCUGGAAUCCGUUUCUAUAGGCAAUCUUCAGUACUGCAGAUGUUACAGCCAUAAUCCUGACAGAGCAUCAGGAGGUAUGUAGUGCACACCAUCUGGAGAGCCAAAGGUUCCCUACACUUGUUCUAUGCCAUCAUUGAGACUUGGUGUCUGAUCAUUUGGUUUCAAGAUUCUUCACAGCAGUUUCACAAUCAGAUACAUUAUUUCUCCAUGGGAUCUUAAUUGUAUUAGUUCAGCUCUCUGUGAACCUCAGUUUUUGAACCAUUGCAGGACUGUCAGAUGAAAGUUCUGACCUGGAAAUUGUUUUUCCAUCUUGAAGUUACAUUGACAAAAAGACUUGGUGUACUUUCUGGAGCAAUUUUGGCAGAGUAUUUUUAUACUAUUAAAGAAAGAGGAUUAGGAGUAGCUUAAUUAUUGCAUUUAUCUUAUAGUUCCUGCCUGCCAUUCCUCACAGUAAAAUUCCAUAAUGUAAGUCUGCACUGCCUCUAAUCCUAAGGAAAAAAUCAUUUACAGUAGGUAAACUUUUGAUUAUUUGGCACUGUUCUGACCAAAUCUGCAACAUACACAGCUUCUAUACAAUUGUCUUCCCAGUGUUUUUUUUAUCAUAUAUAGUUACAAAGGAAUCGUUUCAGCACUUGACUAGAAAUCACAAGGGUAACUUAAAUAUUUAGUAAAAGUUUACUGUAAGACAGUCCAUAUGAUUAGCAUAAAUGUUAAAGGAAUACUUCAAGCACCAUAACCACUACAAUGUGCUGUAAUAGUGUCAGGAGUUUCCUGCAUACCCCCAACCCCCUUUCCAUGUAAGUAGUGAACCUUUUUCUUACAUGGGGUCCACUGAGCUUAGCACACAGCAAAUGAUGCUCUAAGCCAAUGAGCUAAUUCUUGUGAUACCUCCUCUUGGCGCAUGCUGCUCCGUUUCCUCCAUCCAUGCUGAUGCCGACAUCGCGGGUGCAUGUAGGUUCACUUUGACCAGCUCGGGAGCGUGUGCAUUUGUUGUCUUUGGCCCUUUAAAGAAAAAGUAACCUAUUUUUCCAUCUCGGCUAGCACUCCAUUUCUUUCUGUUCACUUAUUACCCAAAUUGUUUCCCUAACCUAUCAGCUCAUACUUAGCCCUAUUUAUUCCUCCCUUUGACACUGUCACGUAUUCAUCCGCACAUAAAAAUGUGGUUAAUAGCAUUUACUGUCCUGACGGGAAAAGUUGUGCCGAGCAACAUUACCGUCCUGACAGGAAAAGUUGUGCCGAGCAGCAAUCAUGCACAUGGAAACCUGGUAAUUACUUUUGGGGUCAAAGGCCUGUCAUGGCCAAUCAAAUCCACAGAAGGGUUUGUGCUGAGCAGCAAUCAUGCACAUGGAAACCUGGUAAUUGCCUUUGUGGUCAAAGGCCGGUUACAGCCAAUCGGAUCCACAGAAGGGGUAUUAUACUAAACCCAAUUCUUUGACUACCCUGGUAUCCUUGACUUUUGGCUUUCCCUCCUCUUUGUGUCUGAUUCUGUGUCCCUGACCUCUGCAUGUAUUUUGACUAUUCUUGAAAAAGUUGUCUGGCCAUUCUAAGGUCUGGUUAUAUGUUAUUAUUAGUCCUAGGUGUGACUCAGUACUGCAUGCUGGAUCAACUUGUAAUCCUGACAGACAUCACUUUCUAGCCCGAGAGUGCAUUUCUUUACUGUAGACGUUUCUGGUAUCUGACUUCGGCUUUGCUCCUCGUUUAUCCAUUCUUCUAGUAUCCUUGACCCUUUGCUUUGUUCUACGUUUAUCCCUCUGUCUCCAAUCCUGACAUUGGCCUGUCUGACUAUUCUAUUCUUCUUGUUGUACUCAUAUAUUUUAAGUCUGGCCAUUCCAAGGCCCGGCAAUACGUCUUGGUUUGUAUAUCGGUAAGAGCCCCUGAGUUUGCGUGUUAGGGAGAUUGACCUUUACACAGGAUUGCGAACAAAAGCUCCUAGCAGAAACUUCUAGCUCUCCAUAGCUGAAGGUAGAGUCAGGAAGCAGUGUCCAACAGGCCCCAGGUAAGAAGUCAAACCAUUAGCACCAUAACUAAUACAGCAUGCUGUAGUUGUUAUGAUGUUUGGAGUGUUCAUUUAUUGAUUAUUCUGCCUACUGUUGGCAUCAAGACUUCAAGUAGUCUUUGCAUAUUUGUUUGCUCUAUACAAAAGAUUAUACCUUAUGUUUUUUUGUAUCAUGUUAUUCUUUUGUGGAAGGAAGUAAUAGUCAAUCUCCUAUUUGUUAUGUACCUGCGCACACAAAGCAUCAAUUAAGAGGUGAAGGCAACCGUAGAUAUGUCUCUGCUACCUGUCGUGCUGUGGUUAUACUACUUAUUUGUACUCUUUGCAAUGUAAUCAAAGGUCUAUAUCCAAUAAAUAUUAAUGACAAAACAUAAGAAGAAGCACAUUUUGUGUACUUGUUUUUAUACUGUGAUUAUUAAGGAUAUUGUUCCCCCUUAAAUAUUCCAUCAACUCAUUGUUUAGUGUACAAGAUAAUAAUAAUAAAUUGUAGAUCAUUAAGGAGUUAUUUUUUUUUAUUUUAUGCGAUUUUCAGAUCGUUCUGUCAAUAAUGUCAAAAUGAUUUAUCUGUUAUCCACUCUUUUUGGCAUUGAUUUAUGAAUUCCACAAUUUCUUCAAAUUCCAUACUAUACACUCUAGUUUUCAGCUUAGUAAAAUAAUCAUUCCAAGUAUGAGUAUAUAUAUUAAAGCGCUCAAAUCCAUAGUGCUGUAUAUUUAUAAUAUGUUCUUGAAGUUGUUGAUUCAUGACAUUUAUAUUUUCUAUAUAUUAUAUUUUAUCCCACAUUUCCUUGUUAUGCAUCUGUGAAUAGCUCCCAUUUUAUAGUAGUAUAAUAAUUAUGAAAUCUUGGUAAUUUUUUUAUGUGUUUUAGCCCAUGUUAAGGCAUGAUGGUUUCCAUGUGGCUCAAUCACAGACAUUCACUCUCUAAAUUGGUUUAGAUACUAUUAUAGCCCAUACAUAUGAAAAUAGACAACCAUAUCCCUUUUGGAUGUAUUUACCUUUUACAUAUUCUGCAAAAAGGUCUCAUGGGAUCAUUCAAAAUAGAUCUUUGUGUCUUACUUCAGUAUAGUAAACGGGUAGUGUUGAACUAUAUGAUCAGCCACUUAAUUAAAAAUCAUCUAUAAUUUAAAGGAAUACUAUAGUGCUAGGAAUACAAAGGUAUAGUGUGCCUCUGCCCCCCUCCUCCCCACGACAGUUUUCUCACUUACCUUAUUCAUGUGCCAAGCUCCAUGAUACGGUAGGAUGCACCUCUAGCAAACGUCUGGUAGACAGCUACUAGUGGCAGUCUUAGCAUUGCAAUGUAAACAUUGCAGUUUCACUGAAACUACAGUGUUUUACAUUGCAGGACUGAAGGGGACAAGGACACUGCACCCAGACCACUUCAAUGAGAUGAAGUGAUCUGGGUGUCUGUUGUCCCUUUAAGCAGUAUUACAAAGUAAAAUUACUAGAAACUACAGCCAGGGCUCAAUAUUUCAGGUUCUAUGGUACUAGCUAGGCCUAAAAGUUACUUGUCACCUUCACGAUUUCUGGAAAUGGUCAAGGAGGCAAAACGCACAGAAACCCUCCUGUAGCAUGGCUUCUGAUUUAAAAGUCAAUCCCAUAUUAUUAACCUUUCUGUACUUAAUGCUGAUCUAAUUCGGUAUUUAGCAGAAUGUAUUUGCGAUCUCUCCCAUAAUUCUGUCAUUCUGUGUGAGGGGUAAGCAGACUGUUUGUUGCAGCAUUCAAAGUACUCCCAGCAUGGUGCCAGAGUUGGGUCCACAAUCUCUACAGAGCUUUAAACAGCUAGUGCCAUGUUGUAUUGUUAAAUGUUAUUCCUGAUUGCCACUGGCAAUUCUUAACAAGCAGCUGCUUUGAAUUAGCACUUAGAAUCCUCGCACUCUGUAGGGUCCAUAAUUGAAUUUCCACUCUUUAUGGAUGAACUUUUACUUACCAAUGGUUAGAGUGCAGGUGAAAAUGUUGAUCCCUAUAUAUAUAUAUAUAUAUAUAUAUAUAUAUAUAUAUAUAUAUAGUAAUGUAAUUAGUUUUUGGGAGGGGCAGGGGGGUGGGGUUGGAGAGGGAUUAUUUAUUUUUAUUUUAUUUACUUGGCCAGGUGACUUGAUUUUAAUUAGAUGGUCUAUGGCAUUAUAUCAAUCUGUUUUUUGUUGUUGUUUUUUUUUUUUUUGUAAAUCUUUAUUUUUGUUGUGCUGGUGAGACCACAUUCUGCUGCCUUGUCACAACAACAUUAUACAUGUUGCAGGAAGUUAGAGAUGAUACACAGAGAAGAGUUAUGCAUAAUUAUGUUGGAACAGCACAAUCUUAUAGUAUAAAGAAUGAGAGAGCAUGCUAAUAGAGACUGCGUAACAUUAUGGUAGUUAGUCAAGAGUAGGCUUAGUAGUCAAGCUUGAAUAUAACAUGAAUAGAACCACAUAGUCAAGCUUAAAUUCACCUGGCGGGCACACGCAUAGCAGAGUAUGUGGCGACUGGAGGUAUGGUGACUCCUAAAGAAAGUUGCAAAAUGAACAUAUUUACUUUGAAAAUAAAAAUAAACUUGACAUAGUGUGGCUUGUGCUGUAGGCGUUGUGGUCACUGGCAGUCUGUGGUAGUAACAUAGUGACUGUGGUCUGCUAAGCAUGGAGUGUGCAUGCUGGUGUCUCAAUCAUUAUAAUGCUGCACUAUUCAUGCAAUGCAUAUUAAGUAAGUUAGUAGGACUAUGGCAUCUAAAUGGGGAUUGAGUACUAAAUAGUGUGUAUCGCAUGAGAUAAACAGGCUAGAGUGUAAGGGUAACCGAGUUGGUGUCAACGUGAGUGGUUUAGGUUGUGCAUUAGAACUGAUCUGAAGUUCUCUUUGGGUGGUAUACUGGGCACUGUCCUUGGACCAUCAUGUCAGCCGAUUCUUGUGCUGGGCAGACUGAGAGCGGAUGCUCGAAGAUCUCGAAGAGUAAUGGCGAGCUGUGGACGAAGAGAGGCCUCUCCCCAUCCCCAGGCUUUGUAUAGGGCACUUAUCCGUUGUCCACAUACCUGGGAACUUUGUGAGACCGGGUCUCUCCCUGUAUGGAUACUGUGAAAGGCCCUGAUGUUCCUACGUGGUCAGCGGUGGGCGGUCUUCUGGCCUCGGAGGGGAUCACCAUACGACCUUCUGCCUGGGUGGGCUUGCAAUCCGUGUUAUGUGAACAGAGUGAAAUGCUUUGCCCGACACCGGCCCACAGGCCUCGCAUCCCCAGUCCUCCCCACCUCCCUUCCUUGGGUAUGAGGUGGUUGAUGGUCGCGCUGCUCCAGCUUCUCCCAAAAUCGGGUGAGUAUUGGGUCCAACUGUGUGAGCAAAGGCUGCAUGGUUACAGGCACUGAUGGUCGAUUUGCGUCUGCCAUUUUUCUGUAGUUGGAAUCUGUGGUACAAUAGGCAGUGGGAGACAGUGGCAGGGUGUGUGCCGGAUUGGAGGGGGCCGGGAUAACCCCCCACCGGUCCAUAGGGGGGCGAGCAGGAGCUCAAUCUGGGAUCUGCAGUGAGUUCUGGUGGCGGGAGAGUGGCUGUCUCCCCGGCCAACCAUGCUUCUAGGCCGCAAGAUUUGUACGCUCGAAGCCGGUAAGGAAGUCCACAUGUGUGGUAUUGGUUUGGAGGUUGUAAAGUUCCCUUUCGUUAGUAAACCAGAUUAUGUCGGGUUACAGGCUCUGCUCAGGGAAAAUCGGCACGAUUAAGAGGCGUUAAGAUGCGGGAGCUGCUGUAACCUGCAUCUGCUCCAGUCCGCGGUUAGGACCUGUCCCCCAUAGCAAUCUGUUCUUUAAGGAUCUUGUACCAAAAUGCAAUAUGCCACUCAUCCGCUGCAGGGAUGUAUAUAUAGCAAGAGCAGCAUAUGGUCAUGUGGCACCGGUGAUGAGAUGAGAUCUUGGUUCUUUAAGUGUUUGUAUUGUUAUAGCAUUGUUUAAUCGUGCACACCUUUUAAUUAACAACUCACGCUCACCAUAUUAAUAUAUUUACACAUAUACAGUGUAAACAAAACAUGUUAUCUGAAAACACUAUUUCCAUUGCUUGAUCUGAUUUAAUACGCUUCCAGGAAUAAUUCCUUAUUAAUAUAUGCAAGGUGAAGAUCCUCCAUUUCUAUAAUUUAUUAAAGUACCACUUUAGUGCCAGGAAAACACUCAUUUUCCUGGCACUAUAGGGUCUUUAGGUCCCCCCCACCCUCAGGGUCCCACCCUCGCCAGGCUGAAGGGCGAGGAAGAGGUUAAUUUCCUCCCUCUUCCGACAUCAGCGCUGAAUGCGCAUGCGCGGCAAGAGCUGCGCGCGCAUUCAAUCAGUCCAUAGGAAAGCAUUUCUCAAUGCUUUCCUAUAGAUGUCAGCAUCUUCUCACUGUGAUUUUUCACAGUGAGAAGAGCGGAAGCGCCUCUAGCGGCUGUCAGUGAGACAGCCACUAGAGACUGGAUUAACCCUCAGUGAAACAUAGCAGUGUCUCUGAAACUGCUAUGUUUACAGCUGCAGGAUUAACCCUAGAUGGACCUGGCACCCAGACCACUUCAUUGAACUGAAGGGGUCUGGGUGCCUAUAGUGGUCCUUUAAGAUUCUGAUUUUUGAAGAACCAAGAAUCCUUUGCUCACUCAAGAUAAAUCAGUUAUGGGUUCUGUACCUUAAAACAGUUGGUUAUCUGUAAGAUUCUAUAUUUUCCCUCUUUCUUUUUUGAUGUAUCUAUAAUAUAAUCUAUAUGUUUAUUCCUAGUUUAUGUGCACAUGCAUAACAUCAAAGAGGCUGUACUGUUCAUUCAAAGUACAAGUUUUUAGAAGGACAAAAUAUAAAUACGAUACAUUACGACUAAUUAAGUGGCACAUAAGAACAAUUUUAUCAUAUUACAAAUUAUUUUAAUCCUUUAUAUGGACCACAACAAAUGUUUCCAUUGCAUAUUCAGUAUCUAUUUGUCGUAUUUUACUCUUUUUAAAAUAAUUUUGUCCUGAAAUUAGGUGCCCUUCUGCAUGUAAUUUUUUUUUUUGGUAUCUCUCAUAAUUAGCCAUGCAUGAAUGGACUGUUCAUUUAAAGGUGACAGUUUCCAGCAGACCUUCAUUCAACCUAUAUUCACAGCUGGCUUUGUCUUUUUAUAGAAGAUAUGCAUUUGCAUUUGUUUCAGAAAAUGUCAGGAUUGUGAGAAAAGCUGAGUAGGUGUAAAAAGUAAAUUAUAGUAUACAAGGUUGAGUACAAAAUAUGAAGGCAUUAAGCAGAGAAACAAAAGCUAUCACAGAGUCUCAGUUGACAAGACAUGCUUUGCUUAUCAGUAAAUUGGCACUAAUAUAGUAAAAUAAAAAAAUAAAAAAAAUAAAAAAAUAUAUAUAUAUAUAGAAAAUAAAGAAAAUAUAUAAAAUGAAAUAUAUAAAAAUGGAAAAAAUGAAAAUAGAAAUAAAAAUAAACAGUAAAUAAAAUUAAAUAAUAUGAAAAAUUAAACAAAUGAAACUAAUAAUAUAAAUAUAAAAAUAAAGAUGAAAUAUAAAUCUCUUCAGUACAAUUUGUUCUAAAUGUAAAAGUGAACACAAGUGGUAUACAAACUAUUGCACUAUUCACAUCUAGUGGUUAAUAUUAGUUAAUUCUAAUGGUGCCCCAAAAGGAGGGGGUUUACCACAUAAAAAAGGAAAGUCAUUUUUUGCAGAAAAGAAAGAGUCCUAAAAGUAAGGAUAUAUAUAAAGAAACUAUAAAAAAUGGACUAUUAAAAAUUUAAUUUUAAAGUGGGAUAUUUGUAAAGUUUUUUAAUAUUUAUGCUCUAGAAAUAGUUUUUAUACAAUUUUUACUGAAAUAUCUAUUUCUGAAAAAUAGGAGGAGUGCAAUAUUCACAUAAACAUGCAAAAAUCUUACUCCUCCAAAAAACACCAUAAGUCUGUAUCUAAGUUAAGCCCACAUGGUUAUAUUGUUUUUAGUUUGUUUAUCCAGAAGGUUUCCACUUGGCCAGUACGACUAGCAUUACCUCACUGCAUCUACCUAUGUAUAUACUGUAUAUCUCCCGUCAGAUACUGUUUUCCACUUCAUCAGUAUCACUACCUGGCUAUUUUGUAAUUAGUACACUUUGUACACAUUAGCUCCAGUAGUUGGUCCUAUUUUUAUACUUACUAUCAUCUCCUUUUUUUCAUUAUUAUUAUUUUUUCACUUUUUUUGGUGUCUGGGAUAGUUAGAUAUGUUUAUCCAAUAUUGGACAAUAAAGUUUUUUUAUUUUCUAUGCUUAUGUAAAUUAGGCACUAUAUGCCAAUUACCUUUUACUUAGUAAUUUCUAUUAGGGUAAUAGGACUGGAACCAGGUGUGUCUCCUUGCAGACCUGUUUUCACGCCCUCUCUACUAUAGUGUUUUUAGUUUGUUUAUCCAAAAGGUUUCCCUUUGCGAACGUUUUUUUUAAUUCUGUUACCUCCUCUCCAAUGAGGGUUGUAUUUCUCAUUACAUCAACCCCAAUGAGGGUUGAUGUAAUAAGAAAUCUUGCCAAUUGAACUUUCUACAACUAUUGCAGUGUAUUGGUACUAUGUGUUUAGUGGAGUUUUUUCUAAUAUUGUUUUGGUGUUCUAGGAUUCUUUUUUUAAGUUUCCUACAAUUUCUCCCUAUAUAUUGUUUCCCACAUGGGCAUUGUAGCAUAUAGAUAACAUAUUUGGUGUUACAAUUUAUAUUUGAUUUUACUCUUUCUUUAGUAAUCGUGCUUUUAAAUUAUUUUCUUUGUAUAUAUUUUUGGCUCUUACAUCCUUUGCAGGUAUUACAGGGAUUAAAACCUUUGACAUUAGAUGUUGUACCUUUUCUCAGGAGUUUUAAUGCAUAACUUGGGGCAAGUAUGUUUUUUAGAUUUCUCGUUUUCUUAAAGAUGAUUGGUGUUUUUUUUUGGGAGCACCUUUCCCAUUAUGGAAUUUUUACAUAAAAUAUCCCAAUGUUUAUUUAAGAUGUUCUUUAUUUUUCGGUGUUGUGUAUUAUAUUGUGUAAUGAAGGAAAACUUGUGAUCUUUUUUGGUUUCCUUUUUCCGUUUUGGUAUUAUAGUACAAUUGCAUCUGAUUGUUGUUAGUUGGCCUUUUGGGAUAGUUUUAACCAAUUUUCAUGGUGGCAACUUUUUAUGUGUAUAUAACUAUUGCCUUCUGUUUUUUGAAAUGGCAUUUUGAUUGUAUAGUUUGAUUUUCUACAUAAAAACAAACAUCUAGAAAAUUUAUUGUUUUGGGAUCAAUAGCGUGGGUGAAUUUUAGACCAUAAUCAUUCCUAUUAAUAUAGUUUAUCAAAAGUUGUAAUUCGUCGUUGGUUCCUCGCCAAAUCAUUAAAAUAUAGUCAAUAAAACGUUUCCAGAGGACCAGGUUUCACUACCCAGCUAUGCCCCCUCCAAAUGUAGUUGGAUUCCCAAUCUCGCAUGUAGAUGUUGGCAUAGCUGGGGGUGAACCUGGUCCCCAUUGUUGUACCAGUUGUCUGAAGGUAAAAGGAACUUUAAAAAAGAAAACAAUUGUGCUUCAAAAUGAAAUUAAUGCUUUUAAGUACAAAGUCUCGAAAUUUAGAUGAAAUAUUUUCAUCUUUCUCCAUGACUCGUUCAACUGCAAUUAAACCCUUUUAAUGCUUAAUGAUUGUAUACAUAGAGGUAACGUCUAUGGUUACCACAAUAAAAUCCUUUUCCCAAUUGAUAUCUCUCACAAUCCUCAAGAUAUGUGAAGUAUCCUUCAAAUACGAGGGUGCCUCUGAUAAGUGUUCAGUUACGGAAUUAAUGCCGUUGAUAAUUGGCCUUCCAGGUGGUGUUAUUGAGUUCUUAUGUAAUUUGGGUAAAAAAUAAAAAAUUGGAAUGAUUGGAAAGUCAUUAUGUAGAUAUUCCAUGUUAUUUUUGGAGAUAAUACCUUCUUGAAACGCCUGGUUCAAUAAUGAUUUUAAAAUAAGAUUGAACCUUUUUGUUGGAUCCUCUGUAAGUUUUAUGUAAGUGUUAAUGUCUCGCAGAAUAUUACAGUUGCAAGAAAAAGUAUGUAAACCCUUUGGAAUGAUAUGGAUUUCUGCACAAAUUGGUCAUAAAAUGUGAUCUGAUUAUCAUCUAAGUCACAACAAUAGACAAUCACAGUCUGCUUAAACUAAUAACACACAAAGAAUGAAAUGUUGCCAUGUUUUUAUUGAACACACCAUGUAAACAUUCACAGUGCAGGUGGAAAAAGUAUGUGAACCCCUAGACUAAUGACAUCUCCAAGAGCUAAUUGGAGUGAGAUGUCAGCCAACUCGAGUCCAAUCAAUUAGAUGAGAUUGGAGGUGUUGGUUACAGCUGCCCUGCCCCAUAAAAAACACACACCAGUUCUGGGUUUGCUUUUCACAAGAAGCAUUGCCUGAUGUGAAUGAUGCCUCGCACAAAAGAGCUCUCAGAAGACCUAUGAUUAAGAAUUGUUGACUUGCAUAAAGCUGGAAAGGGUUAUAAAAGUAUCUCCAAAAGCCUUGCUGUUCAUCAGUCCACGGUAAGACAAAUUGUCUAUAAAUGGAGAAAGUUCAGCACUGCUGUUACUCUCCCUAGGAGUGGCCAUCCUGUAAAGAUGCUUGCAAGAGCACAGCGCAGACUUCUCAGUGAGGUGAAGAAGAAUCCUAGAGUGUCAGCUAAAGACUUACAAAAGUCACUGGCAAAUGCUAACAUCCCUGUUAGCGAAUCUACAAUACGUAAAACACUAAACAAGAAUGGAUUUCAUGGGAGGAUACCACAGAGGAAGCCACUGCUGUCCAAACAAAACAUUGCUGCACGUUUACAGUUUGCACAAGAGCACCUGGAUGUUCCACAGCAGUACUGGCAAAAUAUUCUGUGGACAGAUGAAACCAAAGUUGAGUUGUUUGGAAGAAACACACAACACUAUGUGUGGUGAAAAAAAGGCACAGCACACCAACAUCAAAACCUCAUCCCAACUGUGAAGUAUGGUGGUGGGGGCAUCAUGGUUUGGGGCUGCUUUGCUGCGUCAGGGCCUGGACGGAUUGCUAUCAUCAAAGGAAAAAUGAAUUCCCAAGUUUAUCAAGACAUUUUGCAGGAGAACUUAAGGCCAUCUGUCUACAAGCUGAAGCUCAACAGAAGAUGGGUUUUGCAACAGAACAAUGACCCAAAGCAUAGAAGUAAAUCAACAACAGAAUGGCUUAAACAGAAGAAAAUACACCUUCUGAAGUAGCCCAGUCAGAGUCCUGACCUCAACCCCAUUGAGAUGCUGUAACAUGACCUCAAGAAAGCGAUUCACACCAGACAUCCCAAGAAUAUUGCUGAACGGAAACAGUUCUGUAAAGAGGAAUGGUCAAAAAUUACUCCUGACCAUUGUGCACGUCUGAUCUGCAACUACAGGAAACAUUUGGUUGAAGUUAUUGCUGCCAAAGGAGGUUCAACCAGUUAUUAAAUCCAAGGGUUCACAUACUUUUUCCACCUGCACUAUGAAUGUUUACAUGGUGUGUUCAAUAAAAACAUGGCAACAUUUCAUUAUGUGUGUUAUUAGUUUAAGCAGACUGUGUGAUUGUCUAUUGUUGUGACUUAGAUGAUGAUCAGAUCACAUUUUAUGACCAAUUUGUGUAGAAAUCCAUAUCAUUUCAAAUGGUUCACAUAUUUUUUCUUGCAACUGUAUAUGCUUCUUGCAUAUAAUAUUCUUUAGUCAUAUUGACUAUGGCCCCUCCCUUGUCCGCUUCCUUAAUAAUCAUGUUUUCCAUUUGUUGUAAUUUUAAAAUACAGUAUUUUCUGGCGUAUAAGAUGACUUUUUAACCCUGGAAAAUCUUCUCCAAAGUCGGGGGUCGUCUUAUACGCCGGGUAUAGGGUCUAUAUAGCUGCCGGGGGCGCCCUGCGCCCCCAUCGCCGGCCCUUCUAAUUUUGCAGUCUCUCUAUAGAGAGCGCUCAGACAGCUGCCGCACUGCCUCUCUUCUCACCUUCCCUUCCCUGUGCAGAGUGGGUGGCCGAGCUCCUCUUUGUCCUGUCAGUCCGGCCGGGUACCACGCGGUACAGGAGAUUCAGUUACACUGAGUGCUCACUUCCUUUCAGUCGGGCCGGGAACAGGUAACUGAAUCUCCUGUACCGCGCGGUACCCGGCCGGACUGACAGGACGAAGAGGAGCUCGGCCACCCACUCUGCACAGGGAAGGGGAGGUGAGAAGAACGUAGGGAGGAUUGGGGGGCGUGAGUAAAAAGAAUGGAGGGGUGGGAGUAAAUAGAAUGGAGGGGGUGGGGGGAGUAAAAAGAAUAUAUCGCAAUUAGCCUCCUGUGUGCUAGACCAGCAGGCAUGGAUUAUAUGCCCAAACAGCCUGGCACAUACCUGGGCUUUAAAUGCUAUUUCAGAUUAUCAUUAUUUAAUGUCUUGCGGUGUGGCUCUGUCUGCUCACUGUACAUCAUGGCUAAUUUUUAUUUGGUGUGCAUUGGAAGAGGGCUAGUCUUAUACGGCGAGUAUAUCCCAAACUCUAUAUUUUAACUGGAAAAGUUGGGGGUCGUCUUAUACGCCCAGUCGUCUUAUACGCCGGAAAAUACGGGUACUUGCUGCUUCUUCCUUGCUCAUAUUGUACUUUGUUUUUUGCAAAAAAUUGUUCUUUUUCUAUUUUUUAUAAAUCAUGGCACACCAUAUUAUUAAAAGUUUCUAAGAAUGGGCCUCUGUCCCCAACAGGGUAGAAAUGGGACUUUCUUUUAAAAAUGAUUUCCUCUUACAUCUUCUGUAGAUGUUAUUUCUCUUUUUUUCCCUUUUUAGAAAAAUAUUUAUAAUGUCAUUUUUCGAAUGUAUUUUUGUAGAUCUAUACAGGUAUGAAAUAAUUCAUGUUUUGGUUUGGAGCAAAUUGUAAUCCGUUUUUCAAGGCUUUUAAAUCAUUGUUAGUUAACUCUAUGUUUGUUAUAUUAUAAAUUCCAUGCUGUUUUUCUAAUUCUCAUAAGUCGGUGGCCAUUUGGGAAUACAACAUUUGUGGUUUACAUACACAGUUAUACACUGUUUUCCUGUUUUUUAUUGGCUUAGCAGAUCAUACUCUAUUUUUUUGUAUGUAGACAGCCACUAGAGGCUGACUUAGUGCUGCAAUGUAAACAUUGCAGUUUCUUUGGAACUGCAAUGUUUAACAUUGCAGCACAAAGUGUGAAAGGGACACUGCACCAGACCACUUCAAUGAAGUGGUCUGGGUGCAUACAGUGUCCCUUUAAGGUCUGUUGUUCUGCAUCUCGAAGUUUAAACUUCUCAAUCAGCUACUAUUCAAGUCAAACCUUCCUAUAUCUGUGCAGAUUACAGAACGAGUAACCAUGGGCGUCCGCAGGGGGGACCAAGGGGGGGCACUUGCCCCCCCCCUGGAUUUUUCAGCUUGUUCUGAUAUUUUUCGUGUGAGAUUUAAAAUGAACUGCAAUAGCGGCGCCGGCCAGUAGGUGGCGCUGUGUAUGGAGAGAGACAGGGAUAGGAAGCUGCAUCUAUCCCUGCUUCUCUCUGGUGAUUGAAACCGCAGGGGAACAACACAAGCAGCCAGAGACAGCCUACAUAUCAGGUAAGUGAGGGAUGGGGUGGGGGGAUUGAGAUAGCCUAUAGACUUGGGGUGGGGGCAGCAGCAGCCCUAUAGACUUGGGGUGGGGAGCAGCAGCAGCCUAGAUAGCAGCAGGGCAGGGGGCAGCAGCAGCCUAUAGACUUGGGGGGCAGCAGCAGCCUAUAGACUUGGGGGGGGCAGCAGCAGCCUAUAGACUUGGGGGGGGGGCAGCAGCAGCCUAUAGAUGGCAGCAGCACUUGGGGGUCAGCAGCAGGCAGCAGCAGCCGUGGCAGCAGCAGAGACAGCAGGACUGUGCCUAUAGACAGGGGCAGCAGCCUAUAGAACUUCCUUGAGAGGCAGCAGCCUAUAGAUUUGGGGGCAGCAGCCCAUAGACUUGGGCAGCAGCCCAUAGACUGAGGGGGCAGCAGCCUUUAGAUUUGGGGGCAGCAGCCCAUAGAUUUGGGGAGGGGGGCAGCAGCCUAUAGAUUUGGGGCGGGGCAGCAGCCCAUAGAUUUGGGGGGGCAGCAGCCCAUAGAUUUUGGGGGGGCAGCCUAUAGAUUAGGGAAGUGAGCAGAUUAGUGAGCCUAUUGCAUUAGGGUGUGCACCCUAAAUCACAAACACACUCCAUGUGUAUAUGUAUGUAUGUGUUUUUGUGUGUGUGUGUAUAUAUAUGUAUAUGUAUAUGUAUGUAUAUAUAUAUAUAUAUAUAUAUAUAUAUACACACUGCUGUGUGUGUGUGUGAGGGUGCUGGCAGUGUGCUAUGUGGGUGACGGUGUUUUUGUGUGUGUUUGUGAGAGUGCUGUUUGUGUGCUGUGUGUGAGGGAACUGGUAGUGUGCUGUGUGUGUGUAUGUGUGAGAGGGUGUUUGUGUGUGCGUGUUUUUGCGGGUCCUGUUAGUGUGCUGUGUGUGGGUGUUGUGUGUUUGUCAGGGUGCUGUUUAUGUGUGAGUGUGCUGUUUGUUUGUGGGUGCUGUGUGUGGGUUUUGUGUGUUUGUGAGGAUGCUGUUAGUGUGUUGGGUGUGUGGGUGUUGUAUGUGUGUGGGUGCUGUGUGUGCGAGGGUGAUGUAUGUGUGUAGGUGCUGUGUGUGUGUGUGUGUGUGUGCUGUAGGUUUGGGUGGAAGUGGGGGCAGAUUAGUUAAUAUCCCAGUCCUGCUGCCUUCCCUGGUGGUUCAGUGGAGAGUGAACUCUAGCCCGGGUUCUCUGCUGCCUCCCUCCAUGCUGCUGUGGACCGGUGAGGUAGAACUUUGUUCUCCCCACCGGCCCAUGGAGGCUUAGACCAGAGCCGUCGCUCGGAUAGCGUCGGCUCUGCAUGAGCCGACCGGGGAGAUCCAGAGAUCUCCCCUGCCGGUCUCAAUCUAUUGGCGUGCCGCAGGGAUUAGGGUGUGCCCAGGCACACCCAACACACCCCGUGCGCACGCCUAUGGAAGUGAGGGAUGGGGGAGACAGCCUACAUGAAGAGUCAGCAAGGAGCAGGAAGGUAAAGUGAGAAGAGGAGAAGGAACAGAAAUGAGCAGGAAGGGACAUCAAGGAGAAGAAAGGGGCAGCAAGGAGCUGGAAGGGACAGCAAGGAGCACAAAAGAUAAAGUAGGAGAAGGAGCACAAAGGAACAGAAAUGAACAGGAAGGGGCAGAAGGAGCACAAACAUAAAGUAGGAGAAUGAGCAGGAAGGGCCUGCAAGGAGCAGGAAGGGCCAGUAAGGAGCACAAAGGUAAAGGAGCAGAAAGAAUCAGAAGGAGCACAAAGGUAAAGUAGGAGAAAGAGCAGAAAGGGACAGCAAGGAGCACAAAGGUAAAGUAGAAAUGGGAGCAGAAAGGGUCUGCAAGGAGCAGAAAGGGAUCAGAAUGAGAAAGGAGCAGAAGGGCGCAAAAUAAGCAGAAAUUAGCAGAAAGGUAAAAGAGCAGAAGGGGCCAAGGAUAGAAAACAGUGUCAGAAGAAAAAAAAAGACUGUCAAAUGAAGGAGAGGAAAAGGAGAUUGGAGCAGGAAGGACAAAUGAAGUGAACCCUCCACUUUAUUCUGGACACCACAUCAUAAGGCUUUGGUACCUGGGCCAGGCAGGGAAACACUGGACCUUCUCAUCUUCAAAGGUAAAAAAAAUAUUGGUGUUAAUGUGUUCACUUUUAUUUACUGAGUGUCAGGAGUGCCGUUGGGUAGGGGUGUUGCUGAUUGGCUAGAGCGGUCAGCUGGCACUCUAAGCCAAUCAGUAGCUCCCCAUUCAUAAAAAUAUUUUAUGAACCGGAAACUAGCGAUUGGCUUAGAGCGUCAACUGUCCACUCUAGCCAAUCAGCGGCACCCAUGCCUGACGUCAGUCUGCACUUCCUGACACUCUGUUUCAGAAGCCAAAUACCACUGAGCGACCUGGAGCUGGAGGAAGCCUUUGGGGUUAAACCAUUUGAGAUCGAUUUAACCCCUUAAAGGAAAGCGAGCACCCAGGGGCUUCCUGGCAUCAUAGCAUUUUCAUUUAGGGGAAGUUGUUAUGGUGACCAGAAUGGUCCUUUAAUUUGCUUAAAGGAACACUAUAGUGUCAGGAAUACAAACAUAUAUUCCUGACACCAUAGUUGUGAAAACGCUAUUCACCCUGGCUUUAUGUGAUAAUGGCUGUGCCCCUUCCCUUUCAUGACACUGUCAAAAAGGUACCAAGCAUGGAUGUCAUUACAAUUAUGCCCCCCCCUGGAAAAAUUCCUGCGGACGCCCAUGCGAGUAACUAAACCAAGAAAUCUAAAAGGAGUACUCCUACGACUAGUAAUUAUACUCCUACUACGAGUACAUGUAACAGCCUGGGAGUAUUUAUCUUUACCUCUACAUGCAUGAGUAGUGACUGUCUUCCCUAUCCGCAAACAUGUAUAAGUGGUACUGCAAGUGAAAAAAAAGCUCACUUGGGUUUUUAAAUGUUUCAUUAUUCUGGCCAUUGUUUCAGUGUCGGCAAAACAUGCUUCUUGAACGUGUCUCAAUCAUCUGGCAUGAAGAGGAGAGGGAGUUACGGGGACAAGCAUGUGCUUUUGACUGUAGGGAGAAAAUGAUUUGUAGCUACAUUUUUCAAAGUGAGAUAAUGCGCAUAUAAUGCUGACAAAACUAAAUGAAUUAUUAAUUUCAAAAUGUGAAACAUUUAUAAGGUUGGCUGAAGCGAUAACUGCAGAUUAUGAUAUGAGGAAAAACUAUAAUAAAUAAUGCAGUUCUUUUUGUUGCAAAAAAUAAAUAAAAUGGCAGUUUGUAUGUGUUUGGACUUUCAGGCUCUAAAAGAAAGCUUUAUAAAAGCCAUAGGGGUCGGACUCGGAUUUAACCUUCAGCGAAUUGAGUUUGAGGUGUCUCCUAUCAAUAUGGAAACGGGAAAAGCUUAUGGAAAAACCAAGAUGUGGCUGGAUGAAGAACAAGAAAAUUGGAUCUUUGAAGUGAGAAAUGUAUAUCUUGUUGUAGAGCAAUGUAUUUCAAACAUGAUCUCAAAGGCUGAUUCGUUGGAUAAAACAGAUGGACAGAGAAUCAUGGGAAUUGUAGUUAAGCAAAAUCUUGACACCAAGGUUUCAGGUGUUUGCUGCAGGUAAUGAAUACCUCCAAUGGGUGUGUACCUGUGUUAACUAUAUGAAGAGGCUUGACAUUAAAACAGCUUGGAAAUGGCAGGUGUGUUGUACCUGACAUAUGUAAAUGUUGGGCAGCACUCUUAACACGGUUAUCUACUAAAGUAAAUUCAAAGUGAAUUCAAGAUGAAUUUCAAAUUUAAAGGGUUCAUCUAGACCCCUAAACAACUUUAACUUACUAAAAAGCUUUACGUGUAAAGAGUGUGUCCUUCACACGUAAAAUUUUCUAAGUUAGAUAUGCUUUCAAUUUGGCUACUCUGGCCCUUAAAGGGUCUCUCCAGUGCCAGGAAAACAAACCUGCAGUGCCCCCAAUCCCAUGUUGCUGAAGGGGUUAAAACCCCUUCAGUGACUUAGCUGAAUCCAGCACCGUUGUCCCUCGGCGCUGGGUCAGGCUCCGCCCACACUCCUCCCCCGCCGGCAAUGGCCACGCACAUUAGACCUCCCCAUAGAAAAGCAUUAUUCAAUGCUUUCCUAUGGCGAUUCCGGCAACGUUGGAGGUCCUCAUGCAUAGCGUGAGGACGUCCAGAGUAGUUUAAAACACUUUUGUGUUUUAGGAACCCGGAAGUCCCUCUAGUGCCUGUCUGAGUUUUCCAGUAAACUUCCUUUAUAGCAAAGUGUGUUUAAUUUAGAAUGUAUUAUCUCCUACUCUGUUAAUAGCUUGUUACAGCCUGCAUGAGCCUUGUGCAUGUGUCUAAAAUUCAAUUAACAAAACAGGAGAUAAAAAAAACAACAACUUUUAAACACACUGUGCUGCAAGAUCUGAUUGAAAAUAAAUUUUACUAUGUAGACUGUGUCACAGCCAGGGGAGGUGUGGCUAGGGCUACAUACAUUUAAACAAAUAAAUGGCAGAGAGUUGAGCAGCAAGAUGCAUUAUCUAUAAAUAAAAAAAGUCUUCAUUAAACCUACAUUGCUUUGGUACUUAGAGUAUCCCUUUAACCUGAUUUGAAAAAUCCAAAAUAGCAACUUAUUACAUUCCCUCAAUUAUUGUAACUUGAUUAUGCAUGAUUGUAGGAAUUUGACAUUUUAUAAACUGAUGGUCUAAGCCACAUAAUAUUUUUUAUGUGUGUGUGUGUGUGUGUAUAUAUAUAUAUAUAUAUAUGUGUAUAUAUAUUAUUCUUUCUAUUUGUCAUCCAAUAAGCAAGAAAACAAACAUAUUAAAACAUAAUCAUAUAUAAAUAAAUUCCAGUAAAUUCAUAUUUCAGGAUAAUUAAUGUGGGCUCAUAUAUUUUAUGUUAAUUAACGGAUGUGAUUUACGUUUGGCAGGAGUAUUUACUGGAUAAUCAGCACCAUGUUGCUGUUGCUUUAGGGGAACUAGAUGAACCGAAAAGAGAAAAUUCCAAGGUAUGAAUUUAAUUAUCCCCAAAAAGUGCCAAAUCCUUUGAAUAUUUAACUGUUAUUGGUUUUUAAAAACAAAAAAAUUUUUAUUUAACGUUAUGUUUAUGCCUCUUGUGUUAUGCAAUGUUUAGAAAUAUUGAUACAUUUUUUUAGACCGAAUUGUAUGUGUUUUUGACAUUAUUUAUUUUUUAUUUUGUGGGAGGGGGGCGUGGUGCAUACUGCUCAACAUUUGAAGCUUAAUCUGUAAUCUAUAAAACACAUUGAUCCCCAAAAAUAAAAACACAAGCUAAAAUAAUUUAUUUUAAAUGUUGCAUUAAAAUGUAUUAUAUUGUCAUUUGCUAAAUUUUAAUAGUCUCACAUAAUAUUAAAAAAUAAAAAAAACACCAGUAAUCAAUUUUUUAACUGUUCAGUUGUGUACAGUUGCCAGAGGCCUAGUGAAUAUGAUCUGCCUUUAGCAACCAUUGGGGACCAACUAAAACCGUAUUUUAAAACGUUUGAUCUGGCUGCUAAGAAGCAUCCAAUAGCUUUACUAAAAUAUGAACUACAUCAAAAGAACCUUAUUUGGCAGGGCCUUGCACAUUGUGACUGGCCAAGCUGUGUUAAAAAGCUCUUAAUGUUUCUCUACAGAAAGUGACAUGUGAAAAUACAAUGUUUACAGUCCUUACAUUUGAAGAUCUGAUGGCAUCUGCAGUUCCAAUCACAUCAGAAGACCCAGAAUACUGGGAUAACUUUCAAUCAAAACAAGAAGUACCAUUUCGACAAAGAUCAAAUCCAAGCUAAUAACUGUUAUUAGG